AUGUAUGUCAAGCCCCAAUCUCAAGACAAUGAGGAGGAGGAAAGGUGGAUCAUUGUUUCUGCAUGGCGGUUGCCUGUAUGGUAGAGCCAUUAGUAGUAAAUUAAUCUCAAGACUGAGGCAGAUGUGGAGUGGUUUGGUCAGUGGGACAGGUACAGUACAGUACCACAGAGAUGGGGGGUGAUUUGUCCACUACAAAUAAACCCAACUAAGUUGAAUAACAGGCAUCUAUCUAUUCCUUGGGUUAAAUGCGCAAGACAGAUUUUGGUUGAAUGCAUUCAGUUGUGCAAUUGACUAGGUAUCCCCUUUCCCCCUUUCCAUUAUAGUAUUGGUGAUGCUACUUUGUCUAGCAUUGAGAUUGUUGGUGGAUUUUCUAAGGCAAUGCGGGAGAUAGGUCAAGUAGGUUAUACAGUAGAUGCUUGAAAUUGGUAAAUCCUCUUUCCUAUUGCUUUUUCCCCUGACAAGCAAAAAGAGAGCACUCGGGUAGGCUAUUUGUUACACAACUCUCUCCAGAUCAUGGAUGACCCCUUACUAGGCCUUAUGUCUGUCAAACCCAUUGAUUGUUGCCUAACAUCACAUUGAUGGGAACAGAACGUUCAGAUGGGAACAUUCUCAAUCACUUUUAGAAAAUUAUGCUUGAAAUUCCCCAUCUGCUAGAAAGUCAGACCCAGAGCCCUUUGAAGCUGUUUCUCUGGGUUAAGAAGUUAAUUUAAAUUGUUUAAAAAAAUGGUUUUUUCUCCCCUCUGUGGGCACUUGUGAUGGAGAAUGGGAGUGAUAGGGAGAGGUCAGCCAAGUGCAAAGGGAGCUCAUCCCUCUCUGGUGGUAUGUCUGUGUCAGUGCAGACUACACACACACACACACACACACACACACACACACACCAAGCGUCUCUGUUUCUCUUUGAUUGACUAGACUGCUUCCAACAUAACCAUCAGUGCAGUGUUAUAUUAACUGAGCUGUUGGUGUUUACAGGUUCCUCAGAUCUCUUACCUCUCCUGUGCAUGAUGGAUUCUUGGAUUGGGAGAUUUAUACCAACACAGCAGAAGCACUUCAGUUGAAUCUGGAUGUUUUACAUUCAGGGCUGUUCAGUUGUUAUUGCUGUUAUUAACAGGGAUGAUAACAGCAUCCCCCUCUAUAAGACUUAUCGCUCUCUUGCUGAGCCAGCUGUAUAUUUAGUUUUAACCCUGCAUGGGAUUUCAAUUUCAAGAAUCCUCCUGGCUUACACAGUGGAAGAGCUCGUAGGAAUCUCGUUAUACGGGAUAUUCCUAUAGUUAGCCACGUUUAAUUCUAUAUAACCAGAAAAAGCUCACUGGCCAACCAUCUUGGCCAGAUGUUCCUUUAUUCUGCUUUUUUAAAGGGGAGGCUAGGGCAUUCUGGCUCCAAACUCCCAAGGCUAAUCUACUGGCUAUUAAAAAAGUAACUCUCUCUUACUGUUGUCUUAACCAUAUUGUUGGCAGAGUGCAGUGCUUUCUGAAGGACCCAGUGUGAGAGUGUAGUCACAGUGAUUCAGGAUUUUCUGCCGGAAUCACUGAAUCACUGGAACUUAACACCGGAUCAUCGCAACUAGCUAGCUGCAACCAAAUGGAUGUUGUUGACUAAUCACCACCUACCCCGAAGCAAGCACCAGUUAGCCUUGAGCUAGCCUCGAGCCAGGCCCAUCUCCCGGCUAUCUACCUCUCUGUCAACUGGACGGGAACUCCUAGUGUCGACACGGAGCUCCGCCGAUCCAUCACGACAGGUCUGCCGACGUAAACGUCUGAUGUGGUUUCAACAGGCUUCCCGUUGCGACGACCACGAAGAUCCAUCUGCUAGCCCCGGCCCGCUAGCACACGCAAUCAACAGCCGUGCUUCCUGCUCGCCUGUGCUGUAGCAGCCAUUCGAACUGCUCCCGGUCUCACCUAUUGCUGUUCACUGGACCUUAUGAUCACUCAGCUGCACAGCUGAUGCCUGCUGGACUGUUCCUUUACACGGUACCCCCAUCCUGUUUAUCUGUCCUGUUUAUCUGUUUAGCCUCAGCCCAAACUUUCGUCACCAUUACCAAUUGUUGUCUUAGCUCUCUCGAAUAACACCUGUGAUUGCUUUAUGCCUCUCUCCCAUGUCAAUAUGCCUUGCCUAUUGCUGUUCCGGUUAGUUCUUAUUAUACAAUUUCACUGUAGAGCCCCCAGUCCCGCUCAACCAGCCUCAGAGAGCUCCUUUGUCCCACCCCCCAUACACGCGGAGACCGGCUCAAUCGGUGCCUCCAGUGAUGUUAUCUCUUUCAUCGUUACCCAACGCUUAGGUUUACCUCCACUGUACUCAUAUCCUUUCUUAUCCUUGUCUGUACAUAAUGCCCUGAAUCUAUUCUACAACGUCCGGAAAUCUGCCCCUUUUAUUCUCUGUACCCAAUGCACUAGAAGACCAGUUCUUAAAGCCUUUAGCUGUAUCCUUAUUCUACUCCUCCUCUGUUCCUCUGGUGAUGUAGAGGUUAACCCAGGCCUUGUAGCCCCCAGCAUCACUCCUACUCCCCAGGCGCUAUCAUUUGUUGACAUCUGUAACCGUAAAAGCCUUGGUUUUUUGCAUGUUAACAUCAGAAGCCUCCUCCCUAAGUUUGAGUUAUUCACUGCGUUAGCACACUCCGCCAACCCUGAUGUUCUAGCAGUGUCUGAAUCCUGGCUUAGGAAGACCACCAAAAGCUCUGAAAUGUCCAUCCCCAACUACAACAUUUUCAGUCUAGAUAGAACUGCCAAAGGGGGCGGAGUUUGCAAUCUACUGUAGAGAUAGCCUGCAGAGCUCUAUCAUACUAUCCAGGUCUGUGCCCAAACAGUUUGAGCUUCUACUUUAAAAAUCCACCUCUCCAGAAAUAAGUCUAUCACUGUUGCCGCUUGCUACAGCCCCCCCUCAGCCCCCAGCUGUGCCCUGGACACCAUAUGUGAAUUGAUUGCCCCCCAUCUAUCCUCAGAGUUCAUACUGCUUGGUGACCUAAACUGGGAUAUGCUUGACACCCCGGCCGUCCUACAAUCUAAACUAGAUGACCUCAAUCUCACACAAAUUAUCAAGGAACCUACCAUGUACAACCCUAAAUCCGUAAACAUGGGCACCCUCAUAGAUAUCAUCCUGACUAAUUUACCCUCUAAAUACACCUCCGCUGUCUUCAACCAGGAUCUCAGCGAUCACUGUCUCAUUGCCUGCGUCCGUAAUGGGUCCGCGGUCAAACGACCACCCCUCAUCACUGUCAAACGCUCCCUAAAACACUUCAGCGAGUAGGCCUUUCUAAUUAACCUGGUCCGGGUAUCCUGGAUGGAUAUUGACCUCAUUCCGUCAGUAGAGGAUACCUGGUUGUUCUUUAAAAGUGCUUUCCUAAAAUGUGGAUUGACCAGAUUGUUGACUUUCUCCCUCUUGAAAAGCUCACUUAUGACCUCCACAAGAGACAGCCCAAGUUUGAUAGACUCUGGUCUCCACUACUCAACUAUAUUUCAAAUUGGACAGAGUGAAUGGGGGAAUCAGGGAGAUGGGCAGAUGCGUGUUGUGUAAGGUGCUGUAAAACCUAAAAACUAAUUAUUGGCUCGUCAUCUCAGCUAAGGCUGGAAAUAGCUAAUAAGAACCUUGAUAGUGCUGCUGCAAGUUCUAUAAUUUAAAUUUUGUUAUAAUUAUUAUUUGUGUGUGUAUGUAUGUAUGUAUGUAUGUAUGUAUGUAUGUAUAUAUAUGUAUGUAUAUAUAUAUACAUAUAUAAAACAAUUUUUUAUUAUUAUUAUUUAAAAAAUAAAUAAUUUAAUUCACAUCUGUGAAUGUGGAAUGUGUUUGGUUGGUUGAUUGAAAACUUAAUAAAACUUUAAAUUGAAAAAAAAAAAGUGCUUUCCUCUCCAUCUUAAAUAAGCAUGCCCCAUUAAAGAAAUUCAGAACUAAGAACAGAUAUAGCCCCUGGUUCACCCCAGACUUGACUGCCCUUGACCAGCACAAAAACAUCCUGUGGCGUACUGCAUUAGCAUCGAACAGCCCCGCGAUAUGCAACUUUUCAGGGAAGUCAGGAACCAAUAUACACAAUCAGUUAGGAAAGCAAAGGCUAGCUUUUUCAAACAGAAAUUUGCAUCCUGUAGCACUAACUCCAAAAAGUUUUGGGACACUGUAAAGUUAAUGGAGAAUAAGAGCACCUCCUCCCAGCUGCCCACUGCACUGAGGCUAGGAAACACUAUCACCACCGAUAAAUCUACGAUAAUCAAGAAUUUCAAUAAGCAUUUUGCUACGGCUGACCAUGCUUUCCACCUGGCUACCCCUACCCCGGCCUCCAGAUGACACAAUUUUGUAUACAUCUGGCCCUUCAUUGGACACUGUGUUAACAAACCUCCAAACGAGCUUCAAUGCCAUACAACACUCCUUCCAUAGCCUCCAACUGCUCUUAAACGCUAGUAAAACUAAAUGCAUGCUCUUCAAUCGAACGCUGCUUGCACCCGCCUGCCCGACUAGAAUCACUACACUCGGCGGGUCUGACUUAGAAUAUGUGGACAACUACAAAUACCUAGGUGUCUGGUUAGACCAUAAACUCUCCUUCCAGACUCACAUUAAGCAUCUCCAAUCCAAAGUUAAAUCUAGAAUCGGCUUCCUAUUUCGCAACAAAUCCUUCUUCACUCAUGCUGCCAAACAUGCCCUCGUAAAACUGGCUAUCCUACCGAUCCUUGACUUCGGCGAUGUAAUUUACAAAAUAGCCUCCAACACUCUACUCAGCAAAUUGGAUGUAGUCUAUCACAGUGCCAUCCGUUUUGUCACCAAAGCCCCAUAUACUACCCACCAUUGUGACCUGUACGCUCUCGUUGGCUGGCCCUCACUACAUAUUUGUCGCCAAACCCACUGGCUCAUCUAUAAAUCACUGCUAGGCAAAUCCCUGCCUUAUCUUAGCUCAUUGGUCACCAUAGCAACACCCACCCGUAGUAUGCGCUCCAGCAGGUAUAUCUCACUGGUCAUCCCCAAAGCCAACACCUCCUUUGGCUGCCAUUCCUUCCAGUUCUUUGCUGCUAAUGACUGGAACGAACUGCAAAAAUCUCUGAAACUGGAGACUCUUAUCUCCCUCACUAACUUUAAGCAUCAGUUGUCAGAGCAGCUUACCGAUCACUGCACCUGUACACAGCCCAUCUGUAAUUAGCCCACCCAACUACCUCAUCCCCAUAUUGUUAUUUAUUUUGCUCAUUUGCACCCCAGUAUCUCUAUUUGCACAUCUUCUUCUGCACAUCUAUCACUCCAGUGUUAAUACUAACAUUGUAAUUAUUUUGCACUAUGGCCUAUUUAUUGCCUUACCUCCAUAACUUACUACAUUUGCACACAGUGUAUAUAUAUUUUCUAUUGUGUUAUUGACUGUAUGUUUUGUUUUAUCCCAUGUGUAACUCUGUGUUGUUGUUGUUUUUAUCGCACUGCUUUGCUUUAUCUUGGCCAGGUCGCAGUUGUAAAUGAGAAAUUGUUCUCACCUGGUUUACCUGGUUAAAUAAAGGUGCAUUUUUUUUUACAAAAAUAAAAAACUGUUAGAAACUCUAACUGCAUAGUAAAUAGUAGUAGCAACUUCUUAUUUUGGCAGGUGGUCCCCACUCUUGUCGUGGUUUUCAGCUCUCCGUUGUAAAUCUGCCACUAGAGCAUAAAACAUCUUGUGAGUUUAUCUUUAUGUUUGUCUGUUCUGAAAGACUCAAACUAAAGACAACUCACCGUGAAAUACCACUGUCUCAGAACGACAUUGCAGUGGGUUGGCUGUAUCGUCACACCAUGAGGCAAUGAACUUAAGGAAUAUAACAGUACAGGACAGGUUAACCCGAAUGUAACCUCACAAAACCAUUAUAGCCCACCAACUGUGAGCCAGUAAAGCCUGGAAAUGAAUAAUGGACAAUUUUAAGUUCCUUGUCUGGGAAAUUCACAGCAGCAUUAAAGCCAGUUGCUUAACUGAAAUAUAUUGUGAAAAAUGUGUGGAAAUAUUGUAAUGUGCCAUUGAGGUAAAGAUGGUGGCCCUGAGCGCCACAGUGCGAUACAGGAAGCCAGUGAUCAUGUCGGUGGCCACUGACUGACUACCGCUGACUACUGUUGUGCUUCUCUGCUAUAUCCAUGGACACACUGCAGCAAAGAUGACUCACAAGCCUCUGACCUUUCUCUUUCAUAAAGGAGUGCCCCCCACCAUCCUCUCUCUCCCUUUGUUCCCCAUGUUGGACAUACAAAGAGAUGGAGUGGCAAGGUUAAAUGAAGGAGUCAUAAUUCCGCAUUGUUGUUUUUGCCUUGAAGACCCCAAAAAAGAUCCUUUCCCCCUCACUCCAGAGAUGGCGUUACUGGUACAUGGUAGGACGGGAAGCACAGGGAGACGUGUACCAGCCGCAGAUGAGGGAAUUCCGUACAUUAUACCCUGCACUUUAAGGUAUGACUGGGGAUUUCCUCCUGAACACAGUGACAGUACAGUCAUCUCAUACCGUAAUAAUUGGGUUUUAUUACAUAGUAUCACACAUGAGCUGUUGGCCACUAGCCCGGACUGCCUGGAACAGCCACAUUCAGACUCCCACUCUUGUUCUCUCACUUGCUUUUGCUUUUGUUCUCUCUCUGUCUCUUUCUCUCUUCCUCUUUAAGCAGAAUCACAUUGAGUUCAGCUGUUUUUUACCCAAAGAUUCAACGUCAUGAGAUAGUUGUUGUAUUACACAAGUGCUUGGCAGCACAGCUGAAACUAUUUUUGUGGGUUUUCAAGAGCACACUGUUUUCCAUGGGGACUAGACACAAAGACAGGGUUUGGAUUAGUUUAAAAACGGUCAAAUUAGCAAUGUUGGAAUUGGUCAUUGUUUGGAGGACUUGUUAGUUCUGUCAGACUCAAUAUUUGCUUUCUGUUUGGCUUGACCACAAACACUUCAGAAUAGAACUUGGAAUCCCAUCAUUUGGGAGCAAAAGUCCUUCCUGGAAAUGUAGCGACCGCAAGUGUUUACACAACACAAUGUCCUGUGCUGUUUCCCCAGCUCUAACCUACAGGUGUAGGAUCUUAAUUUAAGCCAGUUUGCUACAGCAGGAAAAUAAUCCUGCAGCAACAGGAAAUGUGAAUUAUUAUGUUGAUUAUAAUAAAUUGACAUUUUUUUUGUAGGGGUUGAUAAAUGUAUCGUUAGGGCGAAUCAAGUCUGACAUUUUAAAGUAGGAAUUGCAAACUUUAGAAGCCCUUUUAAACCUACACUACAAGUUUGCAUUUCCUUCAAAUUCUCAGCAACAAAAGAGUGAUCAAAUUAAGAUUCUACAUCUGUAACAUAGCAGGCGUAAAUGAAAAGCUGAGCGGGGUCAAAUGACACCGGAAGCAUCUUCUCUGCUUUUCCUCUGAAAACCGGAUGCUGCCAGUUUCUACCGACCCUGCUCAGGGUGCCCCAGCUCUGCACAGAGGGAGGCUAAGGACUUAUGAAUGGGGGUCCCAGAGUAACACCGCCAAUGUCAACUGUUGUUUGAUAACUGGCCCAACACCAGCCAGCAGAGUGAGCUAAAUAUGGCAACACAGAUAGUGGUCGCUCUCUCUGUCUCUGGUUCCAUGUCUGUCCUUUUCUUUAAUGUCUCCUAAUGAGAACCAGGUCUGGGGCCCUCUGAACUGAACCAGCACAACAAGCACAAAUUCUGGCAUUUUCAGGCGUUCCACUGGAGGAAUGCAGCACACAGCUGUUCGCGGGGGGUUGCGGCAGGGGCCUGCUGAGGUCAGCGCUGGGCAGGCAGGUGGGGGUAGGAUGGGAUGGGAGGCUGUGGGUGGAUAGAGACAGGGAAAGGGCAGGGAGUGGGGGGCUUGAUGAGCCUGCCGGGCCCCUGCUGAACCAUCCAUCUGUAGUUUGUUACAGUGCAGACUGGGGGAUACUGUUCUUGGUUCCAUAGUUGCUAUAUUCAUUUUUGGACUUCAUUUUUGGAAUUCAUGAUAUAUACCCAUUGAUUCUUGAAGAAUAUAACUUAGAAAUGCCUCAUGAGCUUAGUUCAAUUGUUGUACCGGAUCAGAACCCCAAAUAUAAGCUUGUUUUACUCCAAUGUUUGUAAACAAUGUAAAUGUAAACAAACACUGUAUAACCUCAAAACAUGGUUAAAACUAUAAUGUUGAUAUCAUGGAUGGCCAGUUCUUGCAUCCAUAGCUCUGUCUAUGAAUUUGAGAGUGGUUGCAUUUCUCUAGGCCCAUCCCUUAGCUUUUUACCAAAACACAGGCGGGGUGGCCGCUUUGUUAUUGUUUCAAUCAAGGAAUCUAGCUUUAAGAGAUGAGUUGCCCUCCAGUAAGGUGGAAGGUCAGGUUGUAGUAUGUAUUGUGUUUGUGUGUGUGAGAGAGACACUUUGUGCCAAAAAGCAAGUGGAACAUAGUGUGGAACAAAAGUGGUGGAGUGGAGUUUUUGAAUGGCAGUAAUCUCAAGAGGCAAGUUCAAUUACAACCAAACAGUAAUACAGUAAUGUAAUAUCAACAGUAGUGUCCCAUGCAUGUCUAACCCAAAACAUCCUGGAGGCAAUUUGUGGACAGUAAAUAAGGCUUUUUAGGGAUAUAUACCAGAAUGUGCAAAGCUGUCAUCAAGGCAAAGGGUGGCUACUUUGAAGAAUCUAAAAUCUAAAAUAUAUUUUGAUUUGUUUAACACUUUUUUGGUUACUACAUAAUUCCAUAUGUGUUAUUUCAUAGUUUUGAUGUCUUCACUAUUAUUCUACAAUGUAGAAAAUUGUAAAAAUAAAGAAAAACCGUUGAAUUAGUUGGUGUGUCCAAACUUUUGACUGGUACUGUAUAUAUAUAUAUAUUGUGAUGUGGUGGUGUUGAAGGAGUCAGGCGCAGGAGGGUAAAUCACAGAAAAACAGGCUUUAAUCCGCAAAAUACAGGUUUACGCAGAACUGCGGCAAACACACUCCAGGGCACAAAACAGGUGCACUGGAAAAUAGAAGGCACACGGGAAAAUACUCCCGUCAAACAAAAUACACAAGCUCCACCGAGCUUCAACUAACCUUCACAACAAACAAUCACCCACAAGGACAAGGGGGCAGAGGGAACACUUAUACAAGGACUAAUUAUGGGAUUAGAACCAGGUGUGUGUGAUAACGAGACAAGACAAUUGUGAUGAUGAUUGGGGCGGCAGUGGUUAGUACUCCGGUGACGACGAACGCCGAAGCCUGCCCGAACAAGGCAGCCUCGGGGAGGCAGCCUCGGCCGAAGUCAUGAUAUAUAUACACCACCGUUCAAAAGUUUGGGCUCACUUGUUUUCGAAAGAAAAGCCAUUUAAGUCCAUUAAAAUAACAUCAAAUUGAUCAGAGAUACAGUGUAGACAUUGUUAAUGUUGUAAAUGGCUAUUGUAGCUGGAAGGCGACUCCGGGAUGCUGACCUAGGCAGUGUUGCAAAGAAAAAGUCCAGUGUCUGUGUUCUUUUGCCCAUCUUAAUCUUUUCUUUUUAUUGGCCAGUCUGAGAUAUGGCUUUUCCUUUGCAACUCUGCCUAGAAGGUCAGCAUCCUGGAGUCGCCUUUUCACUGUUGACGUUGAGACUGGUGUUUUGCGGGUACUAUUUAAUGAAGCUGCCAGUUGAGGACCUGUGAGGCGUCUGUUUCUCAAACUAGACACUCUAAUGUAUCUGUUUGCGCUGUUCUGUGAAGGGAGUAGUACACAGCGUUGUACGAGAUCUUCAGUUUCUUGGCAAUUUCUCGCAUGGAAUAGCCUUCAUUUCUCAGAACAAGAAUAGACUGACGAGUUUCAGGAGAAAGUUAUUUGUUUCUGGACAUUUUGAGCCUGUAAUCGAACCCACAAUUGCUGAUGCUCCAGAUACUCAACUAGUCUCAAGAAGGCCAGUUUUAUUGCUUCUUUAAUCAGCACAACAAUUUUCAGCUGUGCUAACAAUGGUGGUGGCAGCAUCAUGCUGUGGGGAUGUUUUUCAGCGGCAGGGACUGGGAGACUAGUCAGGAUCGAGGGAAAGAUGAACGGAGCAAAGUACAGAGAGAUCCUUAAUGAAAACCUGCUCCAGAGCACUCAGGACCUCAGACUGGGGCGAAGGUUCACCUUCCAACAGGACAACGACCCUAAGCACAAAGCCAAAACAACGCAGGAGUGGCUUCGGGACAAGUCUCUGAAUGUCCUUGAGUGGCCCAGCCAGAGCCCGGACUUGAACCCGAUCUACCAUCUCCGGAGAGACCUGAAAAUAGCUGUGCAGUGAUGCUCUCCAUCCAACCUGACAGAUCUUGAGAGAAUCUGCAGAGAAAAAUGUGAGAAACUCCCCAAAUACAGGUGUGCCAAUCUUGUAGCAUCAUACCCAAGAAGACUUGAGGCUGUAAUCGCUGCCAAAGGUGCUUCAACAAAGAACUGAGUAAAGGGUCUGAAUACUUAUGUAAAUGUGAUAUUUCAUUUAUUUUUUUAUUUGUAAAAACAAUAUUUUAAAAAAUGGUUUUUUGCUUUGUCAUUAUGGGGUAUUGUGUGUAGAUUGAUGAGGGGGAAAAAACAAUUUAAUCCAUUUUAGAAUAAGGCUGUAACGUAACAAAAUGUGGAAAAAGUCAAGGGAUCUGAAUACUGUAUAUAAACAUUAAUGGACAGUUUUCUAGGAAUCUCAGUGUAAAUAAAAAUUUUUUGCACCACCAAAUUCUUCAGGCCUUUGUUUAUGUACAUCAAUCUAUCCAUGUGUAAAUACACACGGGCAAUAACAACUGAGUAAUAUCUACAGAGUAAUAAUAAUGUGUUUGUCUGGAGAUGCUGAUCUCUGAUUAUGUUUCGCAUAAGUAGAAGUAUUAAAGACAGUGGUGUAGUAUACUUCGACCCUAUACUGUAGUACUCUGUCAUACUGAGAGGAAUGUUUUGAACACUUUUAAAACCUUUACCACAUCCCUUCCCCUCCAAAUAACCUUGGACUAUGAAACAAUGAUGUUACAACAUUUUGGAAGGAAGUUGAUAUUGAGUGCCAGCAUUGGCAUGGGCAGUUCAUUCUUAGACAACAGCUGUUCAGACCCCCACAAUGAAACAAAUUGCAACUCUGUGUACUUUUGAGUGUGUAUGCGUGUGUGUGUGAUUUGUGUGUUCACGUGCAUUUGUGUGUGUGAAGGUUUCUGGAGUCCUCCCAGGGAAUUAGCCUUGUUGUGUAAUUCCAUUGUCUUUCUGGAUACACUAUGAUACAAAUAAAAGCUUCCCUGCAGACAUUUGCGCUUAAAGAGAAUACUUUAUAAACGUGUUUGCCUGGAAACCACAUGUUGACAGUACACAAGCUGCUUGGGGAGUAGAGAGUCAAAAGAAGGAAAUCACUUAUGAGACCGUCACACCUCACGGACAGCAGGGAGAAUGACUGUGCUUCCUAUGCUGAGCACCACGAGCAGCACCUAUCAACAGCUUUGUCACGCCCUGGCUCUGGGGACUCUAGUAUGUUGAGCCAGGGUGUGGGUUUUCAUUUGUUUUUCGUUCUAGUUUUGUAGUUCUAUGUUGGCCAGUGUGGUUCUCAAUCAGAGGCAACGUGUAUCAGCUGUUGCUUGUUGUCUCUGAUUGGGGACCAUACUUAAGCAGCCAGUUUUCCCACAGUGUUUGUGGGAUCUUGUUCCUGUGUAGGUUUGUGUUUUUGCACCUUUGGACGUCACGUAUCGAUUUGUUGUUUUUGUUAGUGUAAUCAUUAUUUAAUAAAUAUGUUCACCUUCCACGCUGCGCCUUGGUCCUCUGUAUCCGACGAUCGUGACAGAAGAUCCCACCAACACUGGACCAAGCAGCGUGUCCAGGAGCCAGCGCCAGAGGUAUCGCUAAAGGACAUCAACCUCGACUGGGCCUGGCCCACGGGGAGGAGAGACCCCCAGAACAUUUUUAGGGGGGGGCUCACGCCGUGGACGACGGGGCAGCAGGAGGCCGCGAUAGAGCGGUCCAGCGGGUUUGCAGAGGAGGCCGCCAGGUUAAGGGGGCCACUGGUAACAGAGCAGAGGGAAAGUGUAGAGCACAUGUGUCAAACUCAUUCCACGGAGGGCCGAGUGGCUGCGGGUUUUCACUCCUCCCUUGUCCUUGAUUGAUGAAUUAAGGUCACUAAUUAGUAAGGAACUCCCCACACCUGGUUGUCUAGGGCUUAAUUGAAAGGAAAAACCAAAAACCUGCAGACACUAGGCCCUCCAUGGAAUGAGUUUGACACCCCUGGUGUAGAGGCACGGCGAGAGGUACUGGGGUGUGUUACCAGUCCGGUCCGGCCCAUUCCUGAUCCCUGCGUAGGGCCAGUGGUGUGUGUCCCUAGUACGGUCCGGCCUGUUCCUGAUCCUCGCAUCGAGCCUGUGGUGCGCGUCGUCAGCCCGGCCCGGCCUGUUCCUGCUCCACGCACCAAGCCUAUGGUGCGCAUCGUCAUCCCGGCCCGGCCUGUUCCUGCUCCACGCACCAAGCCUGUGGUGCGCAUCGUCAGCCCGGCGGCCCGGCCUGUUCCUGCUCCACGCACCAAGCCUGUGGUGCGCGUCGUCAGCCCGGCCCGGCCUGUUCCUGCUCCACGCACCAAGCCUAUGGUGCGCAUCGUCAGCCCGGCCCGGCCUGUUCCUGCUCCACGCACCAAGCCUAUGGUGCGCAUCGUCAGCCCGGUUCGGCCUGUUCCUGCUCCCCACACCAAGCCAGUGGUGUGCGUCGUCAGUCCGGCACAGCCUGUGCCUGUUCCACCGGUGCCUGUUCCGGCACCGGUCAGCUGCUCCACGCCGGAGCUAGAGCAAUCCGCUCCACCGGUGUUCAGUCCAGCUCCGGCCAGCAGGGUCAGACCGGACCAGGGGUACUUUGGGGGGUUGGAGAGGGAGUGGGAAUCAUGCCCGGAGCCGGAUCCGCCGCCAAGGCGGAGUGCCCACCCGGUCCCUCCCCUGUGGUGUUUGGUUGGCGCGGCCGGAGUCCGCGCCUUUGGGGGGGGGGGGGGUACUGUCACGCCCUGGCUCUGGGGACUCUAGUAUGUUGAGCCAGGGUGUGAGUUUUCAUUUGUUUUUCGUUCUAGUUUUGUAGUUCUAUGUUGGCCAGUGUGGUUCUCAAUCAGAGGCAACGUGUAUCAGCUGUUGCUUGUUGUCUCUGAUUGGGAACCAUACUUAAGCAGCCAGUUUUCCCACAGUGUUUGUGGGAUCUUGUUCCUGUGUAGGUUUGUGUUUUUGCACCUUUGGACGUCACGUAUCGAUUUGUUGUUUUUGUUCGUGUAAUCAUUAUUUAAUAAAUAUGUUCACCUUCCACGCUGCGCCUUGGUCCUCUGUAUCCGACGAUCGUGACAAGCUUCAGCUGGCCCACCAACAACUGAGAUUUUUAAUCCACCGUUUCAACUUCCCCUUUUGUCCCUCUUUCCUAUAAAUGUAAUAAUAGAAUACAGAGUAUGCAGCAAGGUCAGAGGUCAAUCAAAAAGUCAAUCUGCCCAUAAACUGUAAGUGUGUGUCAGCAUUGUUAUAUAAUGGAGAAAAAGAGGAAGAGAGAGAGUCCCCACCAAACUAGACUGACUGAUUGAGCUGGAGGAAGUACUUGUGGCCAUGUUGCAGGGCUCAUCUGGGUCUGCCCGGUUCUCCCCGGUUCUGACUGGAGUGACCUCUCUGGCUGAGGGGCACAGCUGCUCCCCAUGUCCCCCCUCCCCUUCUCAUCUGCCUCACACCCACUCCUCUCAAACACACUCACAUAACUCAUCACUAUCAGACCAGACCAGACCAGUAUCCUCCAGCACCCUACUCUGCACGGACUGCACCGUAAAGCCCUCCCACCCCUUCACAGCAGAGUAGACCAGCACUAAGUGAAUACACAUGGGUUGUACUCAGGAGAAAACUCCCAAUUCAUUUAUCACCACUGGUUAGUCAGAUUGUAGGCUCCAUAGAGAGAGAGGAACUGGUUGACUGUAAAUGGAGGCAUGGUGUAGUUUGUUGUAUGAGUACUAUGAAGCGCCACUUUGAAAUGUUCAGAGUGUGUUCUUAUAUCCAAUGACUCAGAGUGUUAGCCAAUGUCUGAAUGUGUGUGUGUGUGUGUGUUUCUGUGUUGUACAGGUCAGGUCAUCCUGCCAGCCCCUCUGCUGCUGCCCUCUGGGGACACACACCUUCUCCACACUGGCAAGUCACUCAACCUCACCUGCAGGUAUGAUACACACAUACACACACACACAGAACCAACAGAUUUCAAUGUCAAGUUCCCCAACAGAAAAUGUUUUAACUUAAUCUAUAGUGCCCAUCACAAGGGUCAAGAGUUGUUCCUGACCACACAAGUUUUUCUUGGUCAGGUCAUAUAGACAGAAAAAAAGGGGGGAAUGGCUGUUAAAAUGUGGCAUUCAUUUUGAUGAUAAAGGUAGAGGAAAGAAUCUGAACUCCCUGGCAAGGCUUUCAUCAAAAAUGCAACAGGUUCAUUCCAACCCCCUCCCCUGUUAUUCAUUAGAUCAGGGUCAGUCAGGAGGUGAGCCCUGGUCCUGCUCCAGUUGAUGGCUGUUCUCUGGACUAUCACUGAAGUAAUAAAGGCCCAGGCUCUGAUCUGGCCCCGUUAGACAGCUAGGCCAGGAUAAAGAGAAGAGAGAGUAUAUGAAAAGGAAAGGACUGCAGGAGCAUCAGACCACAGAGGCAGAUAGGCAGUGACUCUCCCAGCCAGGAACCAGUGUGGUCCCCAUUUAUCAAUCUGUUCCAAUUUCCUCCGGGGGGCCGGUGGGACCCCUGUUUGUCUGAAGUGCACACAUUUGUUAAGCGUUUAGAGAGCCUUGCAUCAUUUUCUAGGCAUGCCAGGAAUGCUAACCCCUGUGGCCCUAAUGCAACGCUUCCCUACAAGGUCAUGUGCUAAAGAGGCCCCGGACGAUAACUGUCUAUGGUUUCUGGCCUCUGGAUGAGAGUUUGAAGUUGCUUGACCCCAGGCAAUGUAGGCAGAGGCAGUGGUAUGCAGUGAGACAUGUUUCAAGUUCCACCGGGAUCGCUUUUAAUGGGACCUUAAAAACUGACACUGUUUGGAAAUCAUGUGUUAUUUGAACACAUCAUCCCACAGAUCCCAGCCAUGUUCCCAUGUGAAAGUCCCAGUUAUCAAGAUGACUCCAGAUUAUUGGAACAGCCUUCAAACACUUCCAAAUAAACAUAAUUUGAGAGGUCCUGAGGGGAGGGGCUGGCAACCGGAACAAAAUGGUGUGACACUGGAAAAAUAAAUCCCACAGAAUAAUUACUGCAAACUAUUCACCUCUUUCUUCUUCUGAGAAUAUCCACUAUCAACGUCAAGUCAGGUCAAAGCCAGUAUUUAAGACUGAUUUCAAUGUCAAUUCUAUAUCCAAAUAAUACUGAGAUAGAAUCUUGGGAGCUGGUGCCUGUGCCCUAUAAAUCAGGUGAGAGAAUGAAGUUGUUUGACCUGGUGAUGACAUGCUGACCUGAAGGUGACGACCCAGAGCUCUAGGGGUUGCAGGAGGGUAAUACGAUAUUGAUGAUGCAGGUGGUCUGGCUGACCCUUUCAGACGGACCCUCUUAACUUUGUCGCUUGACUUAGAGGUUGCCCUUAACCACAGAGCUACAAUCAGAUGUCCCUAUCUUCAAUCUAAAUCUUAACCAUUAGGGAUAGUAAAUAAUAUAUCCUCCUGUAUCAGUUCUUAGGGCUAACUUCUGCUGUCUUUAUCAGAGGUGCGGCCCAGCUGCACUGGAGGCUGCCCUGGCGGGACGUCACCUCGGAGGGGGUGCGUGUGGAGGAGUGUGAGCCCCGGGUGAACGGCCACUGCAGUAAGCUACUGGUGAGAAACCUGAGCCCCAACGACACGGGGUUCUACAGCUGCAGGUACGCCCAGCCCUCCGCCGACAUCAGCUCUACCUACGUAUACGUCAAAGGUGAGACCCGCUUUAUACUGUUCAGACAUUGUAACAAUGAUGGUAUAGCAUCUUUCAUACAUACAAUACCGUAUUUGCAGCCCAAAUUGCUUUACAUGUGUACGCUGACAGAGUAGAUCAUCAUUGUUGAGUUCUAUAAUGGCAUCCCAUGAAGUCCAUUGAAAUCCAGCGUGUGAAAAUGGAAAUGAAAAGGAUCUCGCUUUGUGAUUAAAUCAAUUGUUGGAUUCUGUUAACUUUAACGCCAAUAUAUGAGUAUAUGUAGAGAGGGGGGGAGUUUAGUCCAAGCCAGGCAGAAGGAGUUGUGCUUCUAACAGAGAGAGCAAGGCUUUCCUCCGCUGCCCGUCUCCUUCUGGAACAGGGAAGGAGAGUGUGAUUGCAUCGGAAGCCCUGGUCAUUGACUAUUAUUUCCUGCUCCCUCCGGCUUCUGUUUUUCCAGUCAGUCUCUCCUGGAGCCUCUCACGAUACCAGCUAUGGUCUCUCCCAUGUUACAGGCCUAGUCCUCCCUUAAUAACGUGAAUAUUUGGCUCUACUCAGUGAGAGCAAUGCAGGACAACACUAAAUACCUUAAAACAUUGUCAUAGUUGAGAUUGACAUCAGUGUCCCUUUAAAAAUCUUAGUCUUAGUCUGAGGGACUGUGGUGGGGAUACGUCUCAUGGAAUAUCUGGGAAGAGAGAGAUAAGAAUGCCAAGCCUGAUCAAUAACCUUUUCUGGAAGAAACAAACAGUGAGGUCCUUUCUAUCUCUCCAGGACAUAUUUCUAUCCAGGACAUAUUUCUGUCCAAGACACAUUUCUCUCCAGGACAUAUCUUUCUCCAGGACAUAUUUCUGUCCAGGACACAUUUCUCUCCAGGACAUAUUUCUCUCCAAGACAUAUUUCUAUCCAGGACAUAUUUCUGUCCAGGACACAUUUCUCUCCAGGACAUAUUUCUCUCCAGGACAUAUUUCUCUCCAGGACAUAUUUCUGUCCAGGACACAUUUCUCUCCAGGACAUAUUUCUAUCCAGGACAUAUUUCUGUCCAAGACACAUUUCUCUCCAGGACAUAUUUUUCUCCAGGACAUAUUUCUGUCCAGGACACAUUUCUCUCCAGGACAUAUUUCUCUCCAGGACAUAUUUCUCUCCAGGACAUAUUUCUUUCCAGGACACAUUUCUCUCCAGGACAUAUUUCUCUCCAGGACACAUUUCUCUACAGGACAUAUUUCUCUCCAGGACAUAUUUCUGUCUAGGACAUAUUUCUCACCAGGACAUAUUUCUGUCUAGGACAUAUUUCUGUCCAGGACAUAUUUCUCUCCAGGACAUAUUUCUGUCCAGGACAUAUUUCUGUCCAGGACACAUUUCUCUCCAGGACAUAUUUCUGUCCAGCUCCUGUGAUGUGCGUGCACUACUUUUUCUUCAUGUCUGGCCUUCAGAACAGAUGCUGAUAUUCAUGGCCAAAGCAAAAUUGUGCCGCAGAAAAGCACUGGACUCCUUAGAUUGAGUGUGUUCCUACUGAGGUCCUAGUCUGACUCCCUGGCUGUUCUCUCUGCCUCCCCUGGCGAUCUGACAGCCUGGUAGCUAAAUGUUUAGUCUAACCAGGACUCUUUCAAAGCCCUUCAACUGUUUAUUAGAUCAUUUUCCCUGUUUGUUUUUCAAGUACGUGUCCCUUUAUCAUGCCUAAACAGCUCAGCCUGGCACAAAUCACUCAAGUAUUUGUGUAACCACGGUUCCCACAGCAGGUCUGCGAAGGAACAGCCAGUCAGAGAGUCAUUGGAUGCAUACCCUGGUGAGAAACACUGGAGCUGUGAUAGCUAUGAUAGCUCCAUCUCCACGCUGUUUCUUUAUCCAGAGCUGCAUCUAGCAGGAGGAGCAGGAGGGGGUUUGGAGAAGGAGCAGAUCUCACUGGUCUGGAAGAUUCUAUUUGAUCUCUGUGUGAGAUGGAUGGCCUGACAGUACCCUGACUAUGAAAAUAUUCUCCCCUGCUUCACUUUAGGCUGAGGACCACAACAAUAAUGUUGUUAAAUUAAAAGAGAUUAAAAAGGUAUGACCUUAAAUAAUAAUUGUUAUUUUCUGAUUUGUUCUACAGAUAAAAAACAUCCGUUUGUGGAGAACCAUUUCCGCAAUCCAUACACCCUGUUUACCUACAGACAUGAGGCCACCCUAGUGAUUCCCUGUAGAACAACUUCUCCUGACCAGAUCGUCACUCUUGAAGCAGUAAGACUUUUCAUGAUAAUUUAUUUAUGUAUCUUAAAACGUCAUUUGAAAUGGGCAUAUCAUUCACAUUGUCUUUCAAAAGAGAGCAAAUGUUAGCAUUUAUUAUGAGACUUAUCAAUGUUGACCAGUUGUACACGCUUUGAGAUAGUAUGGGCAUGAGAUUGAUUACUUUACCAGAGUGUACCUUGACAUUGUCUGAAAGACGUCACUAAAGUGAAGAUCACAAAGAGACAUGGUAAACAGGCCCUGUGCACCAUGGAUGUCUUAGGAGUUCUCACACCCAUCAAACGGUAAGCCACUCAAGCAUGCGGAAACGGCCGGGAGACAGUGGCCACAGAGAAGGGAGGCUCAGGGGCAGCAGAGGGAGUCAUCCUGUCUGCUUCCUGUUAAGAACAGGAAGGUCCUCCAAGACUGUUUUUCCUUAGAAUAGAAUCUCUCUCUAAAUAUAGAAGACCUCCUGUUUUAAACAUCUUGUCCAGGAAAUGCGGAUCUAAAAAACAAUCCAUAUCCAAUCAGAGGAAACAAUAGGCCGAUGAUGCUCCUGGGGAUAGUUAAGUGGUUUUUAAUACAAUUAUAUCAGGAGGAAAUCUCUCUCUAUGUGACCAAGCUCCUUGUCUUAUUGCAGUAGCCUUUAACACGAGGCGGCACUUCCUAUAAAUCAUGUGCAACAAAAGAGCCACUCUUUUGCAUCAUGUAGCAAAAGAGUGGCGCUUUUGCUACAUGAUGCCACAGCUCAGAGCCGCCAUCCUCAACAAUAGAUGGCUGUGUUUGUAUUCACAGGGUUGAUAUAUAGCUGUGUGUUACAAUGCCUUGGACAUGGACAAACACGUCUUAUUCAGAGGGCAAAGAUAGUGGGUUGUGUGACCUUGCUACUGGAAGAUAUAUGGCAUUUCUCCUUCCUCCCUGCUUCCUUCCUUUCCCUCUCUCUCCUAGCAGCAUAACACUUGGCUGGAGAACAAACAACCGCAGGAGUAGGCCUUGGCCACAUCCAUCCAUUUCUUCCUUUGUUCAAAGUCAACAGUGCUCUGCGCAUCGCUGCGUGGAUAAUUGCGAUGGUUACACUCCAUAAAACUGUAAAAGGGAAUUAGACGUCAGUUCUAACGGGCAGGCAUCGCCAGCUGAGCUCAUUGGAGCGUGGAGUUUCAUACCAAACCCAGUUGCCCACAUCGUAGUGCUUUUAAAGACUGCAGAACUAGAAGCUCCACUAAACAUAUAAGCCCCUUCAUAAACACCUUUCUACCUGUCUCUUCUUUCAGCAGCCACCCUUAUCAGAGAAGAUUGAACAAGGGAAGGAAUGGGACCCCAAAAUGGGCUUCAAGAUCCCAUAUGGCCCUCACGAAUACUAUAGUCUCCUGACCUGUGUCACCAGCGUCAACGGCCAACGGGUCCAGUCCCACUACAUCCCUCUGAGGAAAAGUGAGUCACUUCUCCUUUUCUUAUUGAGCUCUAAGAGAGACAAGUUGAUUCACUGAGUCUUCCCUUCUAACGCUGAUUGCAUAGCUAUCUACCUGAGGAACGUGAAGAUCAACCCAGAACGUAUCAAGCUGUUAGUGGGAGAUAGCCUGGUCCUCAACUGCUCCGCAGAGACCACCUUCAAUGGAAGGAUCAACUUGACUUGGGAAUACCCAAAGAGGAUGGUAAGUUCUAAGUCACUGAACAUCAUUUAAGAUUACUGGUCGAUGAAUCCGCUGUUUCGGGGUUGUUGAUGAGUGCCUUUGCGUCCCCAGGUCAAUCGGAACCCCACCGUCAACAAGACCAGAGAGAAUCCGGCUUCGGUCACCAGGAUGUACAAAGCCAUCACCUUGUCCAACAUCACCAUGGACGACAGGGGCACGUACAGGUGCACGGCUGAGAUAGGGAACUCUGAGAUGGGGAACAAGAAUCAUGCCUCAGCGAAGGUCACCAUCUAUGGUGGGUCAGUGUGUUAGGAACUGGUACUGCGUGAAGGCAAGGUCUCACUGAGCUAAGGCAGAGGCAGACAUAACUCCAUCGUAAGCUUAAUCUUGGGCAACCAUUGUGUGAUCAAGCAUUAAGGCCAGAGAGGGUGUGGUAUAUGGCCAAUAUACCAUGGCUAAGGGCUGUUCAUAUGCACAACGCAACGCGGAGUGCCUGGAUACAGCCCUUAGCCGUGGUAUAUUGGCCAUAUAUCACAAACCCCAGAGGUGCCGUAUUGCUAUUAUAAACUGGUUAUCAAUGUAAUUAGAGCGUUCAAAAUAAAAAAAUUGUCAUACCCGUGGUUUACGGUCUGAUAUACCACGGCUGUCAGUCAAUCAGCAUUCAGUGCUCAAACCACCCAGUUUAUAAUCUCAUUUAUAAUACAUUUAUAGUGUUGUUUUUCAACAGUCGUUUUCAUGCUCUCGCCAUUGGUCUUCUUCUGUGUGAUUUCAGAACAUCCAUACCUGAAUGUGUCCUAUAAGAAUGAACGGGCCAGGAGAGUGGUCUACACAGAAGGUAGAAGCAAGCUGAUGUUUGAACCCAAGGUCAAUGCACUGCCACCACCCAACACUAUGACAUGGUAAGACUGAGUUCAGCUGUUGGGACUAGUCACUGCAUGUAUUGUCAACCCUUGCUGAAUAUAAUGCACUAAACUGGAGCUUACAAGUGUUUGAUUUGGGACGUAGAGUUGCUGAUUUAUUAUCAUCACAACUUUCAUAUCAGUAUGUUACGAUUUGCUGAACAUCUAAAGUAAAUGUGGAUGUAUCCCGUUCCCAGGUAUAAGGAUGGCAUCCCCAUCAACGAGAACUCCACCUGUUACGAGUCUUCAGGCUACAACCUCCUCGUCAAGGACGUGAAGCAGAAGGAUGCCGGGGUCUUCACCAUCGCCCUGGGCAACAAGGAGAGAGGCCUCUACAGGAAUCUCAGCUACACUCUGGUAGUCCGAGGUAAAGCUGAUAUCCCCAUGAUAUCCCGUCCUAUAUCCUGUCCUUUAUCCCUCCAAAUGACUGGCGAUCCUGAGGAAAUGAAGCAAUGCCCUGGACUUUGGGCCUCCGCAUUUCGAACAGCCUCAGUACUUUGGGUUGUACCCCCUGGUUGGUGCAGGGCUGCAGGCAGCAGCCCCUCCAGUAUGACAGGAAUCUGGGGGCUUGUGGGGUUUGUUGUUUCCAGCGGUGGAUUGACGUUGCCGGGCCAGCUGGUGUUGAUUAGCCAGGCUCUUUUUGAAGGGGCUUCGCGGGUUGUGUAAACGACCCUGUCUCUCCACUCUAUCCCCCUCUAGACCUAACCCUUUAUUCACAUCAUGUGAAUGUAGCCUACAGCACCGCUCAUGGAAACAACAGUGUUCUGUACAUGAUAUAGGGCUUUAUGUGUACUCUAUAUAUUUAGCAACGCAUUUGAAACAAAUCUAAUGUAAUGAUUGCCAUGUAAAUAAUGAUGGUCAUUAACACUAGCGGUUAUAAACGUGGUCGGUUAUGUUAUGGGGCUUUGAUAGUGUGUUGGAUGGAGAGUCGGGGAGUGCAAUCUGCUUGCCGUUAAGAACUCUGUUGAGCAACACAUGUGCCACUCAGAUACUACUCCCAAGUUGUCGAUGGGGGCCAAAAGAAUGCAUCGCAAAGUAUUCCAUUCCAUUCCGUUCCCUGCACAUUAUCCAAGAAUCCCCCUGCUGUGCCAAAUUGUAAAGGUCAGCCCCCUUCUCGCCCAUAUAAAUUGUAUUUAUGGUCCCUCACUUUCCCAUUUGCUCCACGCAUCAUUAUUAUUGGAAUGACAAAAAAAAUACACACUCUCACAGACACAAACAAUGGAAGGAGAAAUCAAGGACAUUCCUGGGAACAGUUAUGGAACUAUUUUAGUCAUCGUUCAUCAAGCGUUUGAAGUCCAGCUCCAGUGUUCCAGAUCUCAAAUGGAUUCAGCAGCCGGGGCUUGAACUGAGGACAUUGCUGAGAGAAACCAUGUCACGACUUUGCACACGCACACACACACACACACACACACACACACACACACACACACACACACACACACACACUGACUGACUGGUGGAGAAUGAUUAACUGAUGUGAGCAGAGCAUUCCUCUUGAGGUGGCAUCCAGUCAGAAAGUCUGUCAGUCUGGUGUUGAUUACUGCUGUGCUCUCCCACACUGCUGAUCCACUGACCUGGGACAGGGCAUAGGGCCACAUCUGGCCCAAAGGCAGCUGGGUAGAGACCGGGCCAGGCUCUGAGACACUGACACCCUGAUGUGAUGGACAACCCCAGGGUAUCAGGGCUAUGCAAUCACUCAACCCUUUUCAAGCACUUCACAGCCGACUCUCAGAGGUUAGAAGACAACUGGUGUCCAUGGGACCUUUUCCAUGGUUAUUCAUCACGAUGACAAACCUCUCUCUCAUUAUAAAGACAUUAUUACCGCCAAUAGCCAGGUGUAAAAGUUGAUGCAACAGUGUCUGAUCUCUUUGUCUGUAUGUGUGUGUGUGUGUGUCUCUCCCACAGUGAGGCCUAUGAUCUCAGAAGAGGAGGUGGCCUCGGUGGACCUGCAGCCCUACAUGUUCGGCAAGCAGCACCAGCUAACCUGCACCGCCUUUGGAGUGCCCAUGCCCGUCAUCACGUGGCUCUGGCAACCAUGCCAUCCUGACCCCACCGACAAAGAGUGAGUCACUAACAAAGAGUGUGCCAUCCUAGCCUGUUUAUCCUGGGCAAUCCAAGUGGUUAUAUUAACUAAGUCGUUAACUAAACUGUGAAGACCAUUUUCUUUAUGUUUCACCUACUGUGUCAGUGCCUUUGAACCUUCCAGUAACUUUCAGAAAUUCUGUGUUCUGCACUUCUUGUUUUAAGUUUUCACAAUGUUCCUUCAUUGGUAAUGUACUUCAAUUUGUUCUGUUGUUUACUGUAAACCAUAAGAAUAUGUUAGAGCUGCGUAGGAUCAAUAUCCUGCACAACCAUAAGGCACCACUUCCAGGAAACAAAGCGUUCAAUUCAGAACUGUGAUGAAGUCGUAUAUUUUUUCUCGAACACCCAGUCUAUGAAUCAAAAUGUUCUGAGUCACCAGGACCAUCUGACUACAGUUUGGAAUGAGAAACUACCGGAUCACGGGGAGGGUCAUGUGUUCUCUCAUCCUGAGGUCAUUGCGCAGUUCUAGUUAUAUCUGUAACAUAGAGUGGGUGUUCUGAGUUUAUUGGUUUGGUUCUUGGAAGUGCAAUACAUUCAUACUUCUACGUAUCUUCCAUAUGUCCACACAGACCCUGAGAUUUAUUGUCCUAUCUCUGGUCUGUAUGAAUGGACAUGAUUGGUGAAGCAGACCAGCAUUGUCCCUGCCAGUGCACAUCCUGGUUAUGUUUUGGAUGCGUGUUUAGGUUUGUUAACCCUCUGCGGGGUCGGUACCAAGCGGAUGCAUCCAGUUUUUAGGUGAAAUGGAAAGAGAGCCUUUUACGCGACUUCUGCUAAUGGAUGUUAACAAGGCGACACUCCAUCUUAACUCCUCCUCCACAUUUACUGGAUUGGUUCAACAGUGCAGAAGAGAACCUCCCCCGGCAGUCUAUCUUUUACGCCUGCUAUGUUACAUUCGGGUUUGUUGAUGCUGAGCUCAGCUGUCAUAGUAUUGGAACUGAAUCAUACACACACACACACGCAGUCUGUGAGUCUGGAGUCCAGAACCACCGGGCUAGCCCGAGGCUCCCUCUCCAAAAACAGGCCUGCAUCUAUUUAAUUGACUCUGUCCCAAAAUACAGACAUUUAUCAAAGAAAUGCAGCCCCGGAGAAUUCCCCACUCGUUUGUGGCCAGUGGCUCUUUGGGCAGGGAGAGAUAAUAUAUUAGUCUCAGACUCCCCAAGCUUUUAUAGAGCUGAACGGGACAGAAUGUGUGGUAUGGGCGUGAAUGUCGACCUGCUAGGGAACCUUCAUAAACAACAUGAACAAUUUAUAAGACAGUUCGUAUUUGAUUAAUGAUGGUCGGCCCCACCUAUGUGAAGCUAGCCACAAUAGGGAUUACCCACAAUAGUGGCAUUUGCGGUUCGCCUUCAAAGUAAAAGUCCCUCUUUGAAAGUGAAGCGAAUGGAUAUAGAUAGUGGAAUCAUGCCAUAUUUAGACUAGAUAAUGCUAAACAAGGUUGGAGUGUUGGUAUGUGGAGCAAUGGAAUUGGUUAUCAGUCUACUCAGUGACAUCCACAGAACACAACUGUGAAGAGUUUGCACAAAUAUUAGUGUCUUAGCUCUUAUUGCGGGACUUUGACUGUGGGAAGUCACCUCUCUAGUCACCCUACUGUGAGUAUUGACAUUCAUAUUGCACUGUACAGUCUUACAUAAGGAUUGGGGGUCAAUGAAAUGGGGUAUUGUCAGUGAAAUGGGGUAUCAGUCUACUCGGUACCCAAGUGCUCCUCCUCAGAGUUCUCAGACUCCAAAACAUCCACGUUGUAUUGUUUUUCCUCUGGAAUAGUGUUCAAUACACAUAGUAGGUUGACUGGUACAAUAAAUGUUGGUCAUUUCACAGGGGUUUCAGAGUCCUGCAAUCAGAGCUACAAUGCUAAUAUUUGUGUAAUCUCUUCGCAGUUGUGUUCUGUGGGUAUCACUGAUGGUACCCCAUGUCAUUGAUCCACAAUCCAUUGGUAAGGCUGUACAGUGGAUUACAAUGGCGCCCGGAGGGGAUGGCUGCCGUUUUAUGGGCUCUUAACCAACUGUGCUAUUUUGUUUUUGUUUUCGCAUUGUUUGUAACUUAUUUUGUACAUAAUGUUGCUGCUACCGUCUCUUAUGACCGAAAGAGCUUCUGGACAUCAGAAUACCUUGAACUGGACUAAUAAUUUUUCUUUAAUGAGUCAGACAAGAGGGAUUUUCUCCAGACACCCGACAGGGCCCUCAUCCCCGUCAUUCGCAGUAGAAAGAGACAGAGAUAUCGCGGAAGGAGAUCGGGGUGCCUGGUAAGGAGCCGGCGACGAGUGGUUAAUCUGCCUUUGCCAUCAGUACUAUUGGCCAACGUACAAUCGCUUGCUAAUAAAGUGGACAAACUACAAGCACGUAUAUCCUACCAACGGGACAUUAAAAACUGUAAUGUUUCACCGAGUCGUGGCUGAACGACGACAUGAAUAACAUACAGCUGGCGGGUUAUACACUGUAUCGGCAGGAUAAAACAGCAUCUGUUAAGACAAGGGGUGGAGGUCUAUGUAUAUUUGUAAACAACAGCUGGUGCACGAUAUCUAAGGAAGUCUCAAGGUUUUGCUGAGGUAGAGUAUCUCAUGAUAAGUUGUAGACCACACUAUCUACCAAGAGAGGUUUCAUCUAUAUUCUUCAUAGCUGUCUAUUUACCACCACAAACCGAUGCUGGCACUAAGACCACACUCAAUGAGCUGUAUACGGCCAUAAGCAAACAGGAAAACGCUCAUCCAGAGGCGGUGCUCCUAGUGGCCGGGGACUUUAAUGCAGGAAAACUUAAAUCAGUUUUACCUCAUUUCUACCAGCAUGUUAAAUUUGCACCCAGAGGGAAAAAAACUCUAGACCACCUUUACUCCACACACAGAGACGCGAACAAAGCUCUCCCUCGCCCUCCAUUUGGCAAAUCUGACCAUAAUUCUAUCCUCCUGAUUCCUGCUUACAAGCAAAAACUAAAGCAGGAAGCACCAGUGACUCGGUCAGUAAAAAAGUGGUCAGAUGAAGCAGAUGCUAAAUAUUUAUAGAGCUGAACGGGACAGAGCGUGUGGUGGGCGGCUAGUGAACCUUCAUAAACAACAUGAACAUUCCCUGAGAGCCAGAGCUGCCAGACCCCCGUCAGUGACAGCAGGGGUCCUUUCUGAGGCGUAAGAUCAGGCAAACAAUGGGCCAUUACCGCGGGGUUAUCAGGUGUUGGUUAUCAGGACCCAACACCGCUAGAAAAACACGGCUCGGGACAGCCUCACACUGGAGGGCCUAAAUUAUGUUACACUGCAGGCGCUGUAACUUGACAAAGGUUUCUGUUAAUUAUCCAUCAUUAUUGGUUAAAAAAACCACUCCUGGUUGCCAAAUUUGUGACAGAAAUUAUGGUGGAGGGUCAAGCUGUGUCAAAGUGCCCCAUUUCUGAAGCCCUAAAGAUAAUCAGCUCUGGCACUGGAAAAAGUGGCUCAUAAACGUUUGAAGCUGAAAAGGGCCUGUUUUUUCAACAGCUAAUGAGGGAGGUGCAUCAAACAGAGAUUUCAGCUCAGGCCAUCCACAGCCUGGUUGGAGGCAGAUUGAGCCAAAUGUUUGACAGUUCAGACCCCCUUCAAGGACUUGUCACGGCAAAUUGACUACUUACCAUUUCAGGAUCAGACCUCGUAUAAAUCACAGUCCCCUUGUGGUUGGGGAAGCGUAACGUCUCAGAUAGCAGUUGGGGGCAAAAGAAAAAGGGAUGGGAGAGGUGAAGGAGGCAGGAAGGGUUCUUUCGUUAUCAGCAGCAGGGUAAGAAGGUAUCAGCUGUCCCUUUUUUGACCAACCAAGGUCUGGGGAUUAGCCUUAUCUCCUCUAGUCAGGGAGUGAGGGGGUUUCCUGUGUGAGGUAACGCAUAGCACGGCCCUUCCUGUCACGCUGCCAUUUCCUCCUGCCUCCCAGCCUGCCUGGCCUGGCUGCCUCACUCCUCAUCAGCCUGAUUGUUCCCCUCAGUAGGCAGGAGGAAAGCGAGGAGAGGAGGAGAGGCUGGCUGGUUUUUGUCUGGUUUAACAAGCCUAGGCAGCCUGGGAUAUAGCCCGCCCUAAAAGGCCACACAAAAGCUAUGAUGUUAGUCAGAGCCUCAUAAGGCUAAAUGCCUGCCCGUUCAGAGCGACACAUUGUCAAACUGUUUGGACCGCAUUCGCUGGUCCAUAGUGUCAUUUCUGGUUCCAAUUAAUGAAAUAUAGGAAAGGAUGACAUGUCCACACGGCAUUCUGCUCUAGUAGUCUCCUGUUUUGUCCACUGUUCUGUACUAAUUUUCUAAACUGACUUUAUACGUUAGGUAACCUGCAGCCUUUUCAUCUAGUUCAGUAAUCACUGGUUUCCUCUUUCCCAUAGGUGUACCCUUUACACUGAGCCAAUCCCAGUUCAAAUGGACGAUAAGGGGAACUACUCACACAACUGGAUUGAGAGCAUAGACAACAAAACUGAACUGGUGAAAGGAAAGAACAAGGUAUGCUUAUAGUAUAGUUUUGUUCUCAUUAGAUUUGUUAUAGACUCAGAGAAACUGACACUUCUUAACGUUGCACAACAUAGAACAAUGAUUCAUGCAUGUGUUCUUGUCAUAUAUGAUGCAUGUUUGAUACUGAGCAGAAAUGUCCAUGACAAAAGAGUGCUUUGUGUUGGGCAAUACAACAAUUACUUCAAGAUUUAUAUGAAAAAGGGAUCUAGAUGAAAUGUCCGGAUAGAGAGAGAGAGCACUCUGAGAGAUUAACACUGAAGUGGGAUUCCCUAUGAUCGUUCUCUUUGAGACGCCAACAUCUGAAAACAAUAAAUCUACAUCUUCAUAAUCCGCCUUAAUAUUUCACUGUUUUAGAAUGAUUCAUUCUAUCUGCAUCAAUAUAGACUUAUGUAACUGUAGCCAAAAGUUAAUGAAGGAACAUCAAUAUGCAUUUAUAAUUGUUUUAUUUUAUUGUAGCCUUUAUUUUUAGUCAUACUGAGACCAAGGUUUUUUUUUUACAGAUGAGCCCUGAAUUACAUACAGUGCAUUCGGAAAGUAUUCAGACCCCUUCCCUUUUUCCACAUUUUGUUAUGUUACAGCCUUAUUCUAAAAUGGACUAAAUAAAAAUGUUCCUCAUCAAUCUACACACAAUAUCCCAUAAUGACAAAGCGAAAACAGGUUCUUAGAAAUGUUUGCAAAUGUAUUAAAAAUAAAGAAACCGUAUUCAGACCCUUUGCUAUGAGUCUUGAAAUUGAGCUCAGGUGCAUCCUGUUUUCAUUUAUCAUUCUUGAGUUGUUUCUACAACUUGAUUGGAGUCCACCUAUGGUAAAUUAAAUUGAUUGGAGAUGAUUUGGAAAGGCAGACGCCUGUCUAUAUAAGGUCGCUCAGUUGACAGUGCAUGUCAAAGCAAAAACCAAGCCAUGAGGUCAAAGGAAUUGUCCGUAGAGCUCCGAGACAGGAUUGUGUCGAGGCACAUGAUCUGGGGAAGGGUACCAAAACAUUUAUGCAGCAUUGAAGGUCCGCAAGAACACACUGGCCUCCAUCAUUCUUAAAUGGAAGAAGUUUGGAAUCACCAAGACUCUUACUAGAGCUGGCCGCCUGGCCAAACUGAGUAAUUGGGGAGAAGGGCCUUGGUCAGGGAGGUGACCAAGAACCCAAUGGUCACUCUGACAGAGCUCCAGAGUUCCUCUGGGGAGAUGGGAGAACCUUCCAGAAGGACAACCAUCUCUGCAGCACUCCACCAAUCAGGCCUUUACGGUAGAGUGGCCAGACAGAAGCCACUCCCCAGUAAAAGGCAAAUGACAGCCCGCUUUGAGUUUGACAAAAGGCACCUAAAGGACUCUCAGACCAUGAGAAACAAGAUUCUCUGGUCUGAUGAAACCAAGAUUGAACUCUUCACCAUCCCUACGGUGAAGCAUGUUGGUGGCAGCAUCAUGCUGUGGGGAUGUUUUUCAGCGGCAGGGACUGGGAGACUAGUCAGGAUCGAGGGAAAGAUGAACGGAGCAAAGUACAGAGAGAUCCUUGAUGAAAACCUACUCCAGAGCACUCAGGACCUCAGAAUGGGGCAAAGGUUCACCUUCCAACAGGACAACGACCCUAAGCACACAGGCAAGACAAUGCAGGAGUGGCUUCGGGACAAGUCUCUGAAUGUCCUUGAGUGGCCCAACCAGAGCCCGGACUUGAACCUGAUCAAACAUCUCCGGAGAUACCUGAAAAUAGCUGUGCAGUGACACUCCCCAUAUCCAACCUGACAGAGCUUGAGACGAUCUGCAGAGAAGAAUGGGAGAAACUCCCCAAAUACAGGUGUGCCAAGCUUGUAGCGUCAUACCCAAGAAGACUUGAGGCUGUAAUCGCUGCCAAAGGUGCUUCAACAAAGUACUGAGUAAAGGGUCUGAAUAUUUUUGUAAAUAUAUAUAUAUAGAUAUUUUUAUACAUUUGCAAAAAUGUCUAAAAACCAUUUUUUUCUUUGUAAUUAUGGGGUAUUGUGUGUAGAUUGAUGGGGGGGGGGGGGCAAUUUAAUACAUUUUAGAUUAAGGCUGUAACAUAACAAAAUGUGGAAAAAGUCAAGAUAUCUGAAUACUUUCCGAAUGCACUGUAAAUGACAGAAAAUAGACAAAUCAAUAUAAAUACAAAAUGCAAGCCGAAAGAAAAACACGGUCAUAAAAAACAAACACAUUCAUCAGUAGUAAGGUCCUCAAUUACUUUCUGAAUUGCCCUAGAUGCACCAAAACAUCAAAUUUAAGAAUGUUUUGAAGAUUGUUCCACAAAUAAUGUGCAAGAAAACUAAAAGCUGAUUUACUUAACACAGUAGAGACCAAAGGAAUUUCCAGAGUUAGCCAUUGCUGAGACCAGGUGUGGUAACUUGUAUGUUUAAAGUUUAGUAAUGAUGUUAGGUACAGUGGGAGUUUUUGUAAAAUGGCUUUAUAAAUGAAAACAUAGAAAUGUAUCAACCUACGUGACAUCAAAGAGGGCCAACCAACUUUCUGGUAGGAACGUCGACUGAAUAAUCUGCUUUCUACUAUUUAGCGAGAGGCAGGACCUAUUUCUAUAGAAGAAGCCCAUUUUUAUUCUCAGCUUCUUAACUAACUCAUCAGUCUGCUUUUUAAAAGACAGCUUUUUAUUUAUCUAGAUGCCCAGAUAUUUGUAAGCACGGACACGAUCAAUAUGGACACCAUCCAAAGUACAUAUGCUUAAAUCAUCAGUUAUUUUAUGCGCACUAGAGAACAACAUAUACUUAGUUUUACCUGCGUUCAAUACUAAUUUCAGGUCAAUUAUGUUUUCUGUAAUACAAUGGAGGCAGACUGUAGUUCAGAUAGAGCCUGGUCAACCGAGGGGGCAAUAGCAUACACAACAGUAUCAUCGGCAUACAAGUGCAGGUUACCAUUUUUUACUGACAAGUCGAUAUUGUUAAUGUAAACAGUAAAAAGUACAGGACCCAGAAUCGACCCCUGCGGGAACACCUUUCGUAAUAUCCAGGAAACCUAAUUUAACACCAUCAUUAGAUACACAUUGAAUUCUUUCUGUCAAGUAAUUUUUAAACCAGUUACAUGCAGCCUGGUCUAGGCCAAUUAAGGAAAGCCUCUGAAUUAGCAGUGAGGGAUCAAUAGUAUCGAAAGCCUUUCAAAUGAAAUCCAAAUAAAAUCAGAUUUUAUUGGUCACAUACACAUAUUUAGCAGAUUUUAUUGCGGGUGUAGCGAAAUGCUUGUGUUCCUAGCUCCAACAGGUCAAUGAAGAGGGCAGCACAAUGUUGCCUUUCAUCCAUACAGUUAACCACAUCAUUUAUAACUAGGGAUGCAGCAGAUAUAGUGCUAUGAUCUGGUCUAAAACCUGACAUGUACAUUUAGAAUGCAUUUCAAAGAUAAGGAUGAUCUUAGCUGAGAAUUAAUCAAGGAUUCUAAUAUUUUAGCUAGGCAAGAAAGUUUAGAAAUAGGGCACAAGGGUCAAUAGUGAAAUAAUGACAUAUAGUACAGUACAGUACAUCGUAAAUACAGUUAAUUUAUACAUUGUUGUAUAAAUACAGUAUGUACAGGGGGAAAGCAAUAUAUGGUAAAGGACAUUUGCUGUAUGUCAGUAGGCAUAUUUAUGACAAGGAAUCCCACUUUAUUGUUUAUGCUGCCGUAACUGCCAGGUAUUUAUAAGCAACUCACCAGUCUUUUCAUAUACAGUCAGCAACAAACAGACUGUCAAAUCUGUCAUGAUUUGCUUUUGAUUAAAAGAAGCCCCUUAGCCUUCAAUUACAGUCAAAGCAAGUCGAGCGCCAGAACUGCCAUGAUGAAAAAGCAUUUUGGCUUUCUUCAGGGCUGCUCUCGGGAAUCGUUCAUUCAUCUGCCCUUUAACUGACAGACACUGUUCAUUUCACCCUGCUGGAGUGAAAAACACCCUCAGACGAAACGCAGGUCCUUGGAUCUAAAGAAGCUAGGCCUGAAGCUCCAGCCAAGGCUCUGCGUGCUCUGCCAGAGAGAAGCGUUUAUUCUGACAUCACUGGAUCAUUAUCUGUUGGAUCACUGAGGGCUGUGGAGCUCCGUGUAGAUAGCACCAUACAGCCAUACGGCUCGAGCCAUGCGUGUGCAGACAGCGGAGAUUGGCCUUUUAUAGGUUCCCUCCUAACUCCACUGACCUGUGAAGAUCAGCUGUAACAUACUGGAAAUAUUGAAACGAAGUUUGGAAAUUUGAAUAAUAUGUUAUUGUCAUUGUUUUUGUCAUAUAUCUGUAUUAUUACGGUAUAACUAAAAAUGGCCCACAUCUUGGCAUGCAUUCCCAAAGCUGAACAUUGCAGCACAUGUCCUAGGGGAGCUUGUUACCAAAACCAUUCACCCCAAACGUAAUUAGGUGCAGGCCUCAACUGCUUUCCCCAAAAGCCUAUCGGAUUAGUUGAAAGACAGCCGUUCCAACACACUGGGUCAAAUUGGGGCAUAAAUCCAGCCAGCAUAUAAAUAUUUCAACAGCACAAGCAAGCCAACCAGUGAAGAAAAUACUGGUAAUUAGUCGUUACCCCAACACAUAUGCUGGUGUAGUAAACUUUUAUUAAAUGGUAUUUCUCCUGCUUUCCCCUAAAGGGAGAUUUAUGAAGGCGUUUCCCCCCUCUGAUGAUGCAUGGUUGAUGGCAUUUAGAAUCAUACUAAUAGUAUACAUACACACGUAGUAAUAGAGAGCUUAGGCCUCAUUCACUUCCAACACUACCAAUCUCUGAUUGACAUAAAUAGGGAGGCAGUCCUUAUUUACAAGCGCUUGCGGCCCAAACACUGGUGCUUUAUAGGGGUGAGGACUAAGGGUCAGUGAUAACAAGCGGCGGUUUAAAAGAGAGGGAUUUGUUGGGAGUGAAUUCCUCUCUGUCACCCCGCAUAAAUCUCUGUGCCCCGUGAACGAGAGGAAAGUGUUGGUCAGGGCUGCAGGGCUGCAGGGCUGCAGGGCUGGCCUCAGAGGGUCACAGUGCAUCUGGUCAAGUCACCACUUAGGGACAGAGUGCACUUGCUGAAACAACUGUUUUCCAGCUCAAGUUACAUCAUCAUUAGUAAUGGCCGUAACGCAACACCACACAACAACUCCAUCAAAACACCUGACUAAUGUCAUAGCAACUCAGGGUAGACAACGUAACACAACUUUUAACAACUUUAGCUAGCUUUUCCAUCCAAACAUGUUUACACAGUGCACAAUAUGAGCUGGAACAUUAAAAACGUAUUGAAAUGUGUCACAAACAGUCCAGUCUCAUGACCAAAGCCCUGUUUCUGAGUGUCAGAGGACAAUGCCGCUAGAAACCCAGGAAGUUGACACCACCUAGACAAUACAGCCACAGCAUUCAGCACCUUUGAUGUAGCUGCUCUGAAAACAGAUGUCGUUCUGAACACAAAACAGAACCCCAUGCGAUCUGGCCCCUUGCCCAAAUCUUACUCACUAUUAUGUCUACUAAGCCGUUAAAUGGGUUCCACUCCAAUGGUGAUAGAAUCUAGUGUGGCAUUGUAAAUGCUCUUCAGGAAAUGACAUGGAGGGCCAGGCGCUCCUUCUGUGGACCGGUGCUGCUAGGAGAGACGCGGCGGUUUUGAAAAAGUCCAGAUGUAUCCUUACGUUAAUGUGAACCACUCGAGAGAAUGAAAUGGGCAAAUAACCACACAGGUGUUGAUGGAAAGUCUUCUGAGGUAUAAUGAAGCCAACCAGAACAUUUUUCAUUAACCCUUAUUUAUACAGGUUAGUCUCAUUGAGAUCAAAUCUAUUUAGCAGGAAAUACAUGUACACCAGAUAGGUACAACAUUCGCUGGCAGUACUGUAGAUCUAAUGAUUGGCUUAUUCUCUCUCCUCCAUAGACUGUGAGUACGCUAGUGGUGGGGGCAGCUAACGUCUCGGGGAUCUACUCCUGCGCGGCCCAGAACGAACUUGGCACCCGCACACUGAGAACCCUUUUCUAUGUGGAUGGUAAGUGGGUCAACCUAAUACUACACAACGUCCCCCACGUUGGUUGAAAGAACAACAUUGGAGAUUUUUUAUACAGCAUAAGGCAAAAUGCUCAGAUGGUUUUUAUUUUUACAGGCCAGGCAUACAGUAUAACUGUAACAUACAUGACAUUUUGUUUCCAAUGACUUACACAUAUGCACUGUAAUGAAUCGCGAGGCAAUCGCUAGAAUGCACAGAUUGUAUUGUGCAUUAAAGAGAGCUGCUCUGGUGGACAUUAAUUGAAACCAUCUUCCUCUGGAGCAGGCAGGCUUCAGCACCGAACUGAAGAGGCAAACAUGUCCUGAGCCAAAUGGUACAGUCUAACAGCGCCAGUUUAAAACCAGCUCUCAGCGCACACUGUAGCGCCGGCAGGUCAUUCUUCUUCUUCUAGGAGCCUGCUGCUGCGUGAAUCACUUUUUAUAUGCAUCUGAACAGUUCCAAAUGUUCAUGAAAUGAAAAUUCCAUCUAGUCCAGUUGUCUCAUGACAAGAGAAAUCAGCAGCAGUCAUCACCUUUUUUCCCUCAAAAAUUAAAAACGAUUUGAAGUUGAAAGCUGAUUGAUGAUAGUUUGGAAUUGGGAAUGGUGGUGACGCUGUGAUUGGGGACACUGCUGAUGAUGCCAAACUCUGAGGAUCCGGAUGAGAAUAAGAUCAUUUCCAGGAAGAAGCGCUGCAAUGCACCACCAUUCCUGAGGUGGAGGUGACUGAGAGUGCUGGAUUGCUGCUGAAAAAGAGGACGGCGGAAUUGUAAUAACAGCUGUCUUCUUUUAUGGAACACAGAAUGCAUUCCAGCGCCGUCUGGCUCCCCUGAGGCCCGGCCCCCGGCCUGAUUCCUAAUGGACAGCUGUAGGCCGCCCAUCAGCAUUGCUCGCCGCACACUGCCAACGUGCUUCCAAUUAACAAAGUGAUGAAACAGUAAAUAACUGCAAAUUUGAAAUUCCUGGCAUGGUGAUGUGCAGCUUGAUGUUUUAGAGAUGUUCUUUCCCAGAAUAGGACAGCUUCAAUCAGCUGGCUAUCUCAUGCUACGUGUCUUAUCUCCCUGAGUGAGAGGAGAGGGUUGCUGUAACAUAGAUGCUCUUGUAACCCACCUACAUACUGGACAAUGUGUUCAUGUAUUGUAUACUCUAACCAAUACUUAUGCAUGAUAGUUUUCCUAGGUACCCAAAUGGGGUGUUCCCCCCAAAAAGAUGACCUGAUGUGUUUUUCCCCUCUCUCCCACCAGAUCACCCUCAGCACCUGUCCAUCGAGCCCCAGACUGCCAUCGAGGGUGAUGACGUCACUCUGACUUGCCGCGGCACUCGGUACCUGUACACAGACCUGCAGUGGUACAACCCUCAAAACUACACCGUCACCACCGCCAACGUCACGGCCCUGCAGCUCAGCCCCUACUCUAUCUCUCGCUCCCUCUCCCUGCACAACGUAUCCAGGAGUCACACAGCAGGCUACCAGUGCUGGGCGCGUAACCUCCACAGCAAGACAGUCAUAGUCCAGACUGUGCUGACUGUGGAUGGUGAGUAGGAGACAGGAGGAGCAUUGCCUGCUGGGUGAUCAAUGAGGUCUAUCAGAACAGUAAUUGCUGCACCACUGUCAUGUCAUACGGGUGUUGCCCAACUCUUUCUAAGAAUAAUAUGGUUGUAUUACAUUGCAUUUCGGUAAAAGGUGCCUGUUCCUGGAUAUAAUCACACUCAAGAUUAUGCAACCCAGUCGAGAGAUGAGUUUGUCUGAGAAAGUCUUGAAAAGCAGAGUGAUCUAAUUCAGACAUGUUUUUGUGGUUGACGCAGAGAGGAAGAGGCCGUGGCUGAGACAGAACCUGACCAAUCAGGAUGUAAACAGCAGCAGUACUCUGACUAUGGCCUGCUACGCCCUGGGAGUGCCGCCACCCUACAUCACCUGGUACAAAGACAACCUACCAGUACAAGAGGGUCCAGGUGAGAACUGCUGGAAAUGACUCGUGAUUAGGGGCCCUGAGGUUUCCAUGGUCAGGCCCUACUGUAUUUUUCAAACAUAUUAGUAAUUUUCUCCAAAACUCUGCAAAUAGCACUGCUGGGUGAUCUGAAAAAUCAUAGUCAAUCGAUCAACAAUAUAAUAAUACUCUUAGCAAAUUUACAAUCUGAAGAAACUAUGAGAAUAGAAAGGUUCAGAACUUUUGUGAAACAUCCCAGCACAGUUAUAAAUCAAUUAUAAAUCAAAACUGGAUGGUCUUCAGAGAUAGAUGGGAGGGGUUGUCCAUUAGUUUACUCCAGUUAGGGGAGGAGGGGUGGUAGGGUUAGGAAAAUAUAAUAGAGAAGGAAAAUAUAUUUUUUUAAAUACAUAUUUUAAAUAACAUAUAUAUUUAUAAUAUAUUUAUAUAUAUAUAUAUGGGGGAUUAGAAAUGAUGCAGACAAUUACAUUGAUAGAAGCCACAAUCUAUCUGCAAAAUUAAAGUUGAUCUCCAUAGAAUCUGAGCUGUAGACUUCAUGCUAUGUUCCAGGUAUUACUCUGGGGGACGAUGGGGUGCUGACGAUCGAGAGAGUGAAGAAAGAUGAUGAGGGCUUGUACGAGUGUCUGGCCAGCAACAAUGAGGGGAGUGUGAAAGCCAGCGCCGUCGUCACUGUCGUGGGUGAGUCACUUACCUCUUUAUUUCCGUCAUAAUGCUCUUCAUGAUAAUCCAUGUCAUGCUGGUAGCGAAACACAAUGAAUCUAACUACAGUACAUUAACCACAACAGUGACCAAACACACCAUGAACUCAACCAGCACAGCCACAGCCGGACCACUUCUUUACUGCAUGACCAAUCACAGCUCUUGGCCAAACUGGGCUAUGUUUUCUUGUCACCAGUACAAAUAGCUCUGGCCAGACUUCAAUAUGAAAACUCUCCACGGAGAGAGAAGCCAAGAGGCUGCCAAGAAUACCCAGCGAAUUCCUCCGCUGGGUUUUAUGACGGGGGCUCAUGGAGCUCUGAGGUCCCCACCCAUGGGACGUGACCUGCAAGGAGUGUGUGAAGAGUUCCCACUAAUGACUGUGGGCAUGGCCAGGAGAGAAGUCCUCUCGUUAAAGAACCAUGGGACUGGAAACAUGAUGACACAGACUGGGAGGGAGGGGGGAGGAGGAGAGGGGUGGGGGUGGGGGGGGGGGGGGGGGGGGGGGGGACAAGGUCAUGCGACGGUAUUCUGACAACUAGCCCUGGCACCAGACAUGAAUUCCUGUUCCCCUAAAAAAUGUCAAAUUUCCCUCAACGUCCAACCCCAGUGUCAGCACAAUCCAUUACAUUACUAGAAGAAAAUGUCCAAAAUUAGGCAUUACUCUAUCAAAACUAUUUGACAAAUUCCUAAAGCUUUAUGAACGUGAGCUGGCUAGGACAGUGAAUGUUGAGAUGGAUAGUUAAGAAAAGAGCUUAAUGUGCAACAACGUGGGAUGCAUAGCCCGAACAAACUAGGAAUAAACAAUGGAGGGUUUACCAUUUGUCUGUUGUGUAUAUCCCUCAUUAUAUUUGUUGUCAGUUAUCAUUUCUUAUUCAUUUGUCAAGAAGCAUAUAAAACACCCAAGGCAACAACAGUUAACAAACGGUUCCUGUGGUCUCCUUCCAGGUGAUGAGGGGAAGGCCAACAUUGAGGUGAUCGUCCUGGUGUGUACAGGAGCUGCUGCCACCUUCCUCUGGCUCAUGCUCAUCCUCUUCAUCCGCAAGCUGAGGAAGGUAACGAGAUCUCCCUGCAAUCACAGCUAGUUCUCUAGUGUCUCUCACACUUCUUGACUGUGAAGACAUUAGAGAGUGUAAACUGUUAGGAUACUGCACUGAGCACUUUGCUCACCAUUAUUCUUUUGUUACUUAGUUAAUUGUACAAUAGAACCACAGUGUGAUGGAUGAUUUGAAGGAGUCAGGCGCAGGAGGGUAAAUCAUCAGAAAAACAGGAUUUAUUCCGGAAUACAGAGUUACGCAGUAAAGCGUCAAAACAGUCCAGGCGCACUGGAACCAACAAGGCACACAGGGAAAAUAACCCGGCGAUACAAAAUAAAGGAGCUCCACCGAGCUUCACUAUCCUCACAAUAAACAAUCACACACAAAGACAAGGAGGCAGAGGGAACACUUAUACAGGUACUGAUGAGGGGAUGUGAACCAGGUGUGUGUAAUAAACAAGACAAAACCAAUGGAAUGAUGAGAUGAGGAGCGGUAGUGACUAGAAGGCCGGUGACGAUGAACGCCGAAGCCUGCCCGAACAAGGAGAGGAGGCCAUUUAAAAAUAUAUUUUUUGUAACAAUGUGCAGACAGCAUGCUCUUCUCAAGACCUAUUCAAACACCCACGCUACAUUUUUUUAGGUUUUUGUAUGUGAGUUUCAGGAGUAAAAAGCAAUCUCGUUAUACUAAUUCCACGAACUGCCAUCACUGAGUCAUGUCUCUUGCGAAAUGCAUUUCACUUUAUAUUAUUUUUUCCACAUUUCCUGACAUUGGAGAAGUGCUGAGCUCAUGCUUGUGUGUGUACUGUAUGUCGAGAAAGAAUAGGUUCAGAGACAGCUUCUAUUUCCCAGCAAGAAGACUACUGAAUAGCUCAUUAAUGGCUACCUACCAACGGACUAUCUGCACUGACUCUAUCCACACACUCACACACACUUACACUGUCACUCUCGCGCACAUACACACACACAAACACAUACACACACAUACACACACACACAUACUGACGCCACAGACACUCACACUUUCACACACACUCACCCUCAUGGACAAGUACAAACAGUCCAGCUAUGCCCUCAGUAAGGCAAUCAAACAGGCAAAACGUCAGUACAGAGACAAAGUGGAGUCGCAAUUCAACAGCUCAGACAUGAGACGUAUGUGGCUACAGGGUCUACAGACAAUCACGGAUUAUAAAGGGAAAGCUAGCCACAUCGCGGACACCGAUGCCUCGCUCCCGGACAAGCUAAACACCUUCUUCGCCCGCUUCGAGGAAAAACUUGAUUUGAUUUUGAUUUGACUAAAUGACUAUUGCCCAUAGAACUCACUUUUGUCAUCAUGAAGUGCUUUGAGAGGCUAGUUAAGGAUCAUAUCACCUCUGAGUCUCCAACUCAAUGAUCAAGUUUGCAGACAACACAACAGUGGUAGGCCUAAUUACCAACAACAACGAGACCCUGGCGGAGUGGUGCCAGGAAAAUAACCUCUCCUUCAACGUCAACAAAACGAAGGAGCUAAUCGUGGACUUCAGGAGAAAGAAGAAGGAGCACACCCUCAUCCACAUCGACGGGGCCGCAUUGGAAAGUGUGAAAGGUUCCUCGGCAUGCAUAUCACUGACAACCUGAAAUGGUCCACCCACACAGACAGUGUGGUGAAGAAGGCGCAACAGCGCCUCUUCAACCUCAGGUAACUGAAUACAUUUGGUUUGGCCCCUAAGACCCUCACAAACUUCUACAGAUGCACAAUUGAGAGCAUCCUGCCGGGCUGUAUCACCGCCUGGUAUGGCAACUGCACUGUCCGCAACCGCAGUGCUCUCCAGAGGGUGGUGCGGUCUGUCCAAUUCAUCACCAGGGCACACUGCCUGCCCUCCAGGACAUCUACAGCACCCGUUUUCACAGUAAGGCCAAAAAUAUCAAGGACCUCAGCCACCCAAACCACGGCCUAUUCACCUGCUACCAUCUAGAAGGCGGAGACAGUACAGGUGUAUCACAGCUGGGACCGAGAGACUGAAAAACAGCUUCUAUCUCCAGGCCAUCAGAAUGUUAAAUAGUCACCACUAGCCAGCUUCCGCCCAGUACCCUGCCCUGAACUCACUAGCCGGCUACCACCCGGUACUCUACCCUGCACCUUAGAGGCUGCUGCCCUAUGUACAUAGUCACUGAACACUGGUCAAUUUAAUAAUGUUUACAUACUGUUUUACCCACUUUAUAUGUAAAUACUGUAUUCUAGUAAAGGUUCAUCCUAUAUAACUACUAUAUAACUACUGCUGUACCCACCUUUUCUAUUCAUAUACUGUCCAUACUGUCUAUACACACCAUCCUAUACAUACAGUACCAGUCAAAAGUUUGGACACACCUACUCAUUCAAGGGUUUUUCUUUAUUUUUACUGUUUUCUACAUUGUAGAAUAAUAGUGAAGACAUCAAAACUAUGAAAUAACACAUAUGGAAUCAUGUAGUAACCAAAAAAGUGUUAAACAAAUCAAAAUGGUAUAUUCUUCAAUGUAGACACCCUUUGCCUUGAUGACAGCUUUGCACACUCUUGGCAUUCUCUCAACCAGCUUCACCUGGAAUGCUUUUCCAACAGUCUUGAAGGAGUUCCCACAUAUGCUGAGCACUUGUUGGCUGCUUUUCCUUCACUCUGCGGUCCAACUCAUCCAAAACCAUCUCAAUUGGGUUGAGGUUGGGUGAUUGUGGCGGCCAGGUCAUCUGAUGCAGCAGUCCAUCACUCUCCUUCUUGGUCAAUAGCCCUUACACAGCCUGGAGGUGUGUUGGGUCAUUAUCCUGUUGAAAAACGAAUGAUAGUCCCACUAAGCUCAAACCAGAUGAGAUGGCGUAUCGCUGCAGAAUGCUGUGGUAGCCAUGCUGGUUAAGUGUGCCUUGAAUUCUAAAUAAAUCACCAUCAGUGUCACCAGCAAAGCACCCCCACACCAUCACACCUCCUCCUCCAUGCUUCACAGUGGGAACCACACAUGCGGAGAUCAUCCGUUCACCUACUCUGCGUCUCACAAAGACAUGGCAGUUGGAACCAAAAAUCUCAAAUUUGGACUCAUCAGACCAAAGGACAGAUUUUCACUGGUCUAAUGCCCAUUGCUCGUGUUUCUUGGCCCAAGCAAGUCUCUUCUUAUUAUUGGUGUCCUUUAGUAGUGGUUUCUUUGCAGCAAUUCGACCAUGAAGGCCUGAUUCACGCAGUCUCCUCUGAACAGUUGAUGUUGAGAUGUGUCUGUUACUUGAACUCUGAAGCAUUUAUUUGGGCUGCAAUCUGAGGUGCAGUUAACUCUAACUGUCCCUGUAGCUCAGUUGGUAGAGCAUGGCGCUUGCAACGCCAGGGUUGUGGGUUCGUUUCCCACGGGGGGCCAGUAUGAAAAUGUAUGCACUCACUAACUGUAAGUCACUCUGGAUAAGAGCGUCUGCUAAAUGACUAAAAUCUACUGCCCUGUUGGAGCUAGAAACAUAAGCAUUUUGCUGCACCUGCAAAAUAUGUGUACGCGACCAAUGCAAUUUGAUUUGACACACAUGCACACAAAUAUUCACCAUAUAAUGUUAGUGCUACUAUUUAUUAUUAUUUAUCCUGCUGGAACUAUGUACCCCUACUUACAUGUACAUAAUACCUUAACUACCACCAUGUCCCUGCACAUUGAUAUGGAACUGGCCUUGUACUGUAUAAAGCUUACAUUCUUGUGUGUUUUAUUUUGCUUUUUUUUUUAUUUUAUCUUACCUAGUGCUGAUUCUGUGCUUUUUUUAAAGAUCCUAUUUUGGAAUAAAACAUUUUGGGGAAGCAUUUCGCUGAAUGGUUUACACCUGUUGUAUUCUGUGCAUGUGACAAAUAAACGUUGAUUUGAUUUGAAUAGUGUCCGUAAUAGUAUAUUGAUGUUACAGUGAUAGUAGAGCAUGUGCUCUUGUCCUUUAGUUAACAUACUUACUGCACAUGCGCUCCAUCACCAUUAUAUUAUAUAACAUUACAUUAUAUUCUAUUCUCCCCCCCUCCCCUUCCAGCCUGCAGACUACAAGAUGGGUCCAUCCAUCAUCAUCGACCCAGACGAGUGUCCUCUGGACGAGCAGUGUGAACGCCUGCAGUAUGACGGCAGCAAGUGGGAGUUUCCCCGAGACCGCCUCAGACUGGGUGAGUUCCUUACUUCACCAUACAACACUAGUACAGUCUAAGAAGUCACUCACCAUGACGACGCUGUGACUCAAUGGCCUAUACGCACCAUGAAGGGGCACCUACUGUAAGUGCAUUUACUUGUCCACCCUACACUUCACAUCCACAGGUUUUCAUUUUGAUGACUGUGUGACCCUGUUUGCCCAUUACAUAGAAAUAUAGUGCCAGAGAGGAUGGUAUGUGGCAGAGGUGUCGCCUCCCUGUAAAGAGGGUGUAGCGUCGUUACUCAUCAGCGACCCUCCGCUGUCGCCUGGUCUUAACGACACUAUAAAUCCCCUGGAGGAGCGCUUCAAGGGCCCAGUGUUCAGAACCUCAGCAGGUUGUUUUAAUUACCCAUAAUUCCCCUGAUAGAGAACCCAACCGGAUUUACUACUCCCCAUUGGCCAGCCACUCUCAUGUAGACCUAUUGAAACCCACUGGCCCCGCUCUCUCUCUCUCUCUCUCUCUCUCUCUCUCUCUCUCUCUCUCUCUCUCUCUCUCUCUCUCUCUCUCUCGCUCUCGCUCUCGCUCUCGCUCUCGCUCUCUGUUCCAGGCAAAACUCUGGGCCAUGGAGCCUUCGGGAAAGUGGUAGAGGCCUCUGCUUUUGGGAUUGACAAGCUCUCGACCUGCAAGACUGUGGCCGUCAAAAUGCUGAAAGGUAUGGAAGAAACAUUAUUAUCAAGACUUUAAUAUGAGCAUUUUAUAUAUGCUAAUUUGCAGUACUCUCAUGUGCACUUCUGUUAAAAAACCAUGUUGAAAAGUCAUACAGGUUGUUUUCCCCAUAGCUUCCUUUCGCUCACACCUAGUGGAAAUGGUACUGAUAAAGGUGCUCCUCGCCAAAUACAGAUAUAAACACAAUAUCCAUUGUUCUGGGUGUAACAGAUGUAAAACAGCCAUCUGUCAUUUCAGCAGACGAUUUGGUUUCUCGUGCAUGAUAUGAAUUCAAAAGCCGUGCUAGCACAUGUGCAUGUAAUUAACAGUUGCGCACAGGGUAUUGGUUCAAAGUAGACAUGCGAUGGCUGCUUCUCACACAGACUGUUUGUCUUGAGCGAGACUAAAACCUUGGUGUCCCUGAUGAGGAUGACAGUCUGCAGAUAUGACAGGAAUCAGGAUAGCAUUCCACCUGGUGUUAGAGAUUGAAAAGUUUAAAAGUGUACAAAAAAUAAAAGACUAAGAAAAAAGUUGUAAAAUAAAGGUUAGAAAAAUAAAAAGGCUUAUUAAUAAUUGUAACCCAGAUGCUUUUGAGAGACACAAACAAUUGGAAACAAUGACGUGGUCAAACUAACUUUCCUCCUGGUUCUGUUGUGAUAUUCAACUCUAACUCCAUGGAUGGAUGCUGAUGGUGUUUACAUUUACAUUUAAGUCAUUUAGCAGACCCUCUUAUCCAGAGCGACUUACAAAUUGGUGCAUUCAACUUAGGAUAACCAUUGGGGCAACCACCUUUUUUUAAAAAUUUUUUAUGGGGGGUGGGGGAAGAAGGAUUACUUUAUACUAUUCCAGGUAUUCCUUAAAGAGGUAGGGCUUUCAAGUGUCUCCGGAAGGUGGUCAGUGACUCCGCUAUCCUGGCGUCGUGGGGGAGCUUGUUCCACCAUUGGGGUGCCAGAGCAGCGAAUAGCUUUGACUGGACUGAGCGGGAACUGUGCUUCCGUAGAGGUAGGGGAGCUAGCAGGCCAGAGGUGGAUGAACGUAGUGCCCUUGUUUGGGUGUAGGGUCUGAUCAGAGCCUGAAGGUAAGGAGGUGCUGUUCCCCUCACAGCUGCGUAGGCAAGCACCAUGGUCUUGUAGUAGAUGCGAGCCUAAACUGGAAGCCAGUGGAGUGUGCUGAGGAGCGGGGUGACAUGAGAGAACUUGGGAAGGUUGAACACCAGACGCGCUGCAGCGUUCUGGAUAAGUUGUAGGGGUUUAAUGGCACAGGCAGAGAGCCCAGCCAACAGCGAGUUGCAGUAAUCCAGACGGGAGAUGACAAGUGCCUGGAUUAGGACCUGUGCCGCCUUCUGUGUAAGGUAGGGUCGUACUCUGCGAAUGUUGUAGAGCAUGAACCUGCAGGAUCGGGUCACCGCUUUGGUGUUAGCGGAGAACGACAGGGUGUUGUUCAGGGUCACGCCAAGGUUUUUUGCACUCUGGCAGGAGGACACAAUGGAGUUGUCAACCGUGAUGGCGAGAUCAUGGAGCGGGCAGUCCUUCCCCGGGAGGAAGAGCAGCUCCAUCUUGCCGAGGUUCAGCUUGAGGUGGUGAUCCGACAUCCACACUAAUAUGUCUGUCAGACAUGCAGAGAUGCGAUUCGCAACCUGAUUAUCAGAAGGGGGAAAGGAGAAAAUGAAUUGUGUGUCGUCUGUGUAGCAAUGAUAGGAGAGACCAUGUGGGGAUAUGACAGAGCCAAGUGACUUGGUGUAUAGAGAGAAUAGGAGAGGGCCUAGAACUGAGCCCUGGGGGACACCAGUGGUGAGAGCACAUGGUGCGAAGACAGAUUCUCGCCAUGCCAACUGGUAGGAGCGACCUGUCAGGUAGGACGCAAUCCAAGAGUGAGCAGCGCCGGAGAUGCCCAACUCGGAGAGAGUGGAGAGGAGGAUCUGAUGGUUCACAGUAUCAAUGGCAGCAGAUAGGUCUAGAAGGAUAAGAGCAGAGGAGAGAGAGUUAGCUUUAGCAGUGCAGAGAGCCUCCGUGACACAGAGAAGAGCAGUCUCAGUUGAAUGACCAGUCUUGAAACCUGACUGGUUUGGAUCAAGAAGGUAAUUCUGAGAGAGAUAGCAGGAGAGUUGGCUAGAGAUGGCACGCUCAAGAGUUUUGGAGAGAAAAGAAAGAAGGGAUACUGGUCUGUAGUUGUUGACAUCGGAGGGAUCGAGUGUAGGUUUUUUGAGGAGGGGUGCAACUCUCGCUCUCUUGAAGACGGAAGGGACAUAGCCAGCGGUCAAGGAUGAGUUGAUGAGCGAGGUGAGGUAAGGGAGAAGGUCUCCGGAAAUGGUCUGGAGAAGAGAGGAGGGGAUAGGGUCAAGCGGGCAGGUUGUUGGGCGCCCGGCCGUCACAAGUCGCAAGAUUUCAUCUGGAGAGAGAGGGGAGAAAGAAGUCAAAGCAUAGGGUAGGGCAGUGUGAGCAGGACCAGCAGUGUCAUUUGACUUAAUAAAUGAGGAUCGGAUGUCAUCAACCUUCUUUUCAAAAUGGCUGACGAAGUCAUCCACAGAGAGGGAGGAGGGAGGGGGAGGAGGAGGAGGUUUCAGCAGGGAGGAGAAGGUGAUAAAGAGCUUCCUAGGGUUAGAGGCAGAGGCUUGAAAUUUAGAGUGGUAGAAAUUGGCUUUAGCAGCAGAAACAGAGGAAGAAAAUGUAGAGAGGAGGGAGUGAAAAGCUGACAGGUCUGCAGGGAGUCUAGUUUUCCUCCAUUUCCGCUCGGCUGCCCGGAGCCCUGUUCUGUGAGCUCGCAAUGAGUCGUCAAGUCACGGAGCAGGAGGGGAGGACCGAGCCGGCCGGGAGGAUAGGGGACAUAGAGAGUCAAAAGAUGCAGAAAGGGAAGAGAGUUGAGGAGGCAGAAUCAGGAGAUCGGAGGGAGAAGGAUUUAGCAGAGGGAAGAGAUGAUAAGAUGGAAGAGGAGAGAGAGCCAAGGUUGCGACGGCACGUUACCAUCUGAGUAGGGGCAUAUUGAAUGGUGUUGGAGGAGAGCGAGAUUGAAAAGGAUACAAAGUAGUGGUCGGAGACUUGGAGGGGAGUUGCAGUGAGAUUAGUAGAAGAACAGCAUCUAGUAAAGAUGAGGUCAAGCGUAUUGCCUGCCUUGUGAGUAGGGGAGGACGGUGAGAGGGUGAGGUCAAAAGAGGAAAGGAGUGGAAAGAAGGAGGCAGAGAGAAAUGAGUCAAAGGCAGACGUAGGGAGGUUAAAGUCACCCAGAACUGUGAGUGGUGAGCCAUCCUCAGAAAAGGAACUUAUCAAGGCGUCAAGCUCAUUGAUGAACUCUCCAAGGGAACCUGGAGGGCGAUAAAUGAUAAGGAUGUUAAGCUUGAAUGGGCUAGUGACUGUGACAGCAUGGAAUUCAAAUGAGGAGAUAGACAGAUGGGUCAGGGGGAAAAGAGAGAAUGUCCACUUGGGAGAGAUGAGGAUUCCUGUGCCACCGCCACGCUGACCAGAUGCUCUCGGGGUAUGCGAGAACACAUGAUCAGACGAGGAAAGAGCAGUAGGAGUAGCAAUGUUUUCUGUGGUAAUCCAUGUUUCCGUCAGCGCCAAGAAAUUGAGGGACUGGAGGGUAGCAUAGGCUGAGAUGAACUCUGCCUUAUUGGCCGCUGAACGGCAGUUCCAGAGGCUGCCGGAGACCUGGAACUCCACGUGGGUCGUGCGCGCAGGGACCACCAGAUUAGAGUGGCAGCAGCCACGCGGUGUGAAGCGUUUGUAUGGCCUGUGCAGAGAGGAGAGAACAGGGAUAGACAGACACAUAGUUGACAGGCUACAGAAAAGGCUACAAUAAUGCAAAAGAGAUCUGAAUAAAAUUAACUAAACAUCUGGGGAAGCGAGAGAGCGGGGCCUCCCUCACUUACCUUUCACUGAAACACUCAAAUAUAACUCUCCCAACUUCCACUUUAGAAAUUAUAAUUGUUGUAAACUACAGUGGUUCAGUGUUUCCUAGGAAUAGACUCUAACUUAGUUUAGUCAGCUAGCUAACUUGGUACAGUAUUUUUCUGUGAAAACCGCCCAGGGCACCGUAUCCUAUGACGCCAUAGCUAACUAGCAUGCUAGCAUCCAAUAACACAUGGUUUAGCACCAAUACUUUGUUGCAACAAACUACCAAUAGUGUGUUAACACACUAAACAGAUAAUUAAUGUCCGUGUCUAGUUCCUUUCAUAACGCAGAAUAGAUAGAUCUAGCUACAUGGGGAUGAUAAAUCAGGCCAUUUGUUAGAUAUUUCCGUCAGUGUCACCGCAUUAAUCAUCCCUUUCCAUUAAUCAUAGAGGAACCAAGCUCACCAGGUUGGCUGCUGCUCCGCUGCUCUACUGCUCUACUCCAGGCCCCCCAGGUCAAACAUAAUGAAAAGCAGCUGACUUCCCUAAACUGACCCUCUGUGCAGUGUGGUUUGAGACUCACUGUCAGUCAGCUCCAGCUUCCAGAGCAGGCUGGGACCACUGUGAUGAGCCAACAUAAGACAGAGCAGAAGUACAGUCCCACAAUUCAGCUCCCAAGUUCUCCAUUCAUUAUUUAAAUGCAAGUAAUUGAUUCAUUGUUUAAAACCUUUUACUGCAGUGGGCUAAAUCAGGGUCACACAGAGGGUUUCUUGGUAGUCUUAAACAAAUAAAGUAAACACCUCACACACAUGGUUAUGGGCUUAAAAAAAGAAGACACCUGUACCAUGUCAGAUAUAGCGUUGAAAUGUAUUCAAUUUUGAGUUUGCAUUCCAAUAUUACACUUUAUAUACAUCACAAAAGACUGAAAUAUAACAAAACCGUUUGACAUAGAAACACCGGAUUUUCUGCGUUUUUUGUUAAGUAAUGUUUAUUAAUUAUGAAAUUAUGAAAAAUAUUAAUAACAUUCCACCCAUGAGGCCACUAGAGGGCGAGUUGGUCUUUUUUUUUUGGCCAUUUGGUUAUCGGAAGUUCUCCAUUCAUUUUUUAAUUCAAGUCAUUGAUUCAUUAUUUAAAUCGACCAAAAUCCCUGUUAGAGUAAAGCACAUCCAGGGAGUCAGUGAUGGCUAAGAGCAAGAUUAUUUUGUUCAGUCAAUGUUUUCAUUCUGUUUAUCAGUUAGGGACAUUAUUGUUACCAUUGCUAACUCCAACCACCUGUGUCCAGAUAAGCUUUUCAGAUAAUGAAAGAGAGAGACAUUACCCAGGCACAUUGGACGCAUUAGGCUGCCACCCAACAUUGACUAGUUGAUAUUCCACAGUCUUUGAGAUCAAUGUAGGUUUAGUUAUGGGACCGUUAAUCUUUGCGUCGAUGCCCCCCCACCCCCCAAAUGGAUGAGUCACUUUGAUGGUGUUUAGUUUACGUGGUUAAGAAAAACCCUCCCUCUGACCUCAUAGUGUUCCUGACCCAGAUAUCUAUCUGCCUCUUAUAUGAUGUGUAGAUUAGCUAUACAACUGAGAAACAAAACAGCAUUUUCUAUUCUGGGAAAUAAUAAUGUUACUGUCAUAUUUACUCUCCAUGUGUGCUGCAGUGUUUAUUGUGAUGUAAUGUAUGGCUGUGCUUUGGGUUGUGCCCUCGUGUAUGCGAGAAUCUAAUUUAAUGUGAGAGAAGGCUGUUGUUUAUGUUUUAAGUUAUAUAUAUUCCCAUGUUGACUUAAUUUAUUUCCCGCUGUCCAUCUUUGCAUACCAUCUUAACCUUGCACAUUGAAUGUUCUCAUGUAGAUUAUCUUAUUCUUGCCCAUCUAAAAUCUCCUCCACAUGCGUAAAUAUCUGUUCUUUAUUUUCCAUCUAUACUGUUUGGUUUCCAGAUGUCCAUGAACAUACAUCAGUUGGAGUAAUCGUAAACAAAGAUAAAGAACUUAUAUGACAUUUUAAUUUAAAGUCAAAAAUACAUCCACGCUUUUGUGGAGUUGUAUGAAACAGGAUCCCCGCAAUAGGACAUGUAUAUUUAAUAGUCUGUGUGUUUGUGUUGAAACAGGAGGAGCUACGACAAAUGAGCGCAAGGCUCUGAUGUCGGAGCUGAAGAUCCUGAUCCACAUUGGUCAUCAUCUGAACGUGGUCAACCUGCUGGGAGCCUGCACCAAGCCUGGAGGUGAGAGAGGGAGGACAUUGUUAACUCUAUGGUUAAACCUAGUCUCACUGUAUGACUUGCAUACAAUUUGUGAAGUAAAUUUAUAAAUUGAUGGAAUCUCAGAGAAAAUCCUGUUUUUACUGUUUGAGUCAUUACUUGUUUGGAAUUUUCUUUCUUCUCAGGUCCAUUGAUGAUGAUAGUGGAGUACUGCAAAUAUGGAAACUUGUCAAACUACUUGAGAAGCAAGAGGGCUGAUUUCAUCGUUUAUAAGGUAAAUCAGCAGCUUUCAGAAAUCCUGCAUCAAAUCAAAAGACUUCAUUAUUUAGUCUACUUAGCCAUCAAACCUUCAUGAUUCAGUACAUUUCUCAACCUAAUAGGAAAACCCCAGAUUGUCAGAAGAACCGUUUUCUAACUUGACUCAAGGUUUGCAUCUGUAUUUUUGAUCUGAUGUGUGUCUCGUAUGUCAGAGCCAGGACGGUAAGGUGGUGACGUCGGGGUCAGGCUGUGACCUGAGCGAGCUCAUCAAGCGGCGCCUGGAGAGCGUGGCCAGCACCGGAAGCUCGGCCAGCUCCGGCUUCGUGGAAGAUAAGAGCUACUGCGACUCAGAGGAAGAGGAGGAAGGUAAACUAAAGGAGCCAACAGCGUCUUACUUCCCCUCCCACCUCCACCCACCACUCCCUCUCCCCUCUUCCCUCCCACCUCCACCCACUCUCCCCUCCCCCCUGAUUGUUUUCUUCCCUGGGCCUGAUGGGACAUUUCCUCCUCCUGUUCAUUAAUUCAAUCGAUAGGACAGGAACCCCAGGCUGACACCCACUGGGCCUGAAGGAGAAGGAGGAGUGGAGGAGGAGGCCUCUGUUGACAUCCUCCUCUGUCCUGACUGUUUGCCUGCUGCUGGCCCGUCGGCCAUUUUAAAUAUAAUCUAUAUAUAACCAUAUAAAUUAAUGGUAAAUAAUGUAUUGUGUCAUUUUGGAGUCACUUUUGUUGUAAAUAAGAAUAGAAUAUGUUUCUAAAAACUUCUACAUUAAUGUAAAUGCGACCAUGAUUACGGAUAGUCCUGAAUGAAUCGUGAAUAAUGGUGAGUGAGAAAGUUACAGACGCACAAAUAUCAUACCCCCAAGACAUGCUAACCUCUCACCAUUACAAUAACAGGGGAGGUUAGCAUUUUUGGGGGGUAUGAUAUUUAUGCCUCUGUAAUUUUCUCACUCACCAUUAUUCACGAUUCAUUCAGGAUUAUCCGUAAUAAUGGUAGCAUCCACAUUAAUGUAGAAGUGUUUAGAAACAUAGUAUAUUCUUAUUUACAACAAAAGUGACUCCAAAAUGACACCAUACAUUAUUUACCAUGAAUUUCAAUUGGGCACAAAAUAAUCUGAAACACAACCAAAACAAACUGCAAAUGCAUAAAAAAUGGUAAAGUCACAAGCUUGAUGUAAUAAUUGCGUGCUAGGAAUAUGGAACCAAAUGUUUAACUUUACUUUAAUACACAUAUAGGUGGAUUUGUCCCAAUACCUUUGAUCCCUUAAAAUGGGAGGACUAUGUACAAAAAGUGCUGUAAUUUCUAAACGGUUCACCCAAUAUGGAUAAAAAAUACCAUCAAAUAAAAGCUGACAGUCUGCACUUCAACCUCACAUUUGGAGCUCACUGUACGUGUUACACCGUACUGAAUCAUGUUUAUGAAAAUAGUUAAUAUUCAUUACCACUUUAUGUUCCGUUUUACCCUCAGAGCCAGAGGAUCUGUACAAGAGAGUGCUGACAAUGGAAGAUUUGAUUUGCUACAGUUUCCAAGUUGCAAAAGGCAUGGAGUUCCUGGCUUCACGCAAGGUAUGCACCUCCUCCAGGCAAAUGACUGUUUCAAAAUCAAUUUGUUUGCAAAGGUAGUCUGGUGACACACAUCUUGGGUCUUAAACUAAUACCAGUUUAUAAAACCUUAUUCAGUCCAGUUGACUUUAGAUUUAAUAAAAGGCUGUCGUUUUUUGACAGCUGGGGAAGUUGUUUUGUUCAAAUUUUUUAUUCAUAGAACACAAUGUUCCUUGCGAGUCUAUUGGCUAUAAUCAGUCUAAAACUCAUUCAGAUUUAAAGGUCCGUCACAAGCUCUGAGAGAGUGGAUGGUACUAAUUAGUGAACCCAUUGUUGUAAAUAUUAGAGAGAAGGCCUUAACCUGGAUAUGGAACACUUCGCAUCAGAAUACCAUUGAUGACUGUUCCAUAUGGUUGUCUUAGCUGACAUGCACGGGGCCAUGAGAGUUUCCUUAAAGGUCACAUGGUCAGGAAAUAGUCCUAGCCAUGCUUUAUCACAUUAGGCUGAAUCGUAACUUGAGAUAUGUCCACAUAACUCAAGCUUUCAUGUAAAGUCAUGCAUAGAUGUCAAGCCUAAUCAUAUUGUAUGUUUUUUCUUCUUUUCAUUAGUGUAUUCAUCGUGAUCUGGCUGCAAGAAACAUCCUACUUUCUGAGAAUAAUGUUGUGAAGAUAUGCGAUUUUGGACUGGCCAGAGACAUCUACAAAGACCCAGACUACGUUCGCAAAGGAGAUGUAAGUAUAAACAGCAAUCUGAUAUUGUUUACAAUGCUAUACUGUACUACUAUUAAUCUGACAUAAUAAGUACAUGAUAUGUGAUGAAACGCACCAAUGACUUGAUGUAGAUUACCACCUGUUGUGUGAGAGAGACAUUCAAAAACACUCAGCUUGAUGGAAAAGGACCAUAACAGUGUUCUGUUACUACCGACUUGGCAAAAACAGAAGAGAGAUUGAAUAAAUGCAGUAGUUCUGGGAAAUGCCAGAUAUUGUGGGCAGAUUUCAGUGUUUGUCUGAAUAUUGAAUAAACGUGUCUGUCUGCAUAGACUAGAGGAUGUUUGGUUGUUGAGGAUGUUUGGUAGAGCUACGCCACGAGGGCAUGUAUUACUUUACUCAACAAGCCCUUCUGCUUCUCCUCAGAUGGGACAGGUUGGUUAUUAAUGGUAUUGAUGAGACAGCCAGUCACACAGGUGAGAUGAGAUACCGAUUUAAAAGAGCUUUCGUCUCUUAUCUCCAUCUCUCCCCCUCACAGGCCAGACUGCCCCUCAAGUGGAUGGCGCCAGAGGCCAUUUUUGACAAGGUCUACACCACUCAGAGCGAUGUGUGGUCCUUUGGAGUCCUGAUGUGGGAGAUCUUCUCUCUGGGUAAAUAUACAUACCUUUAGUCCUAACCAGGAAGUGCCUUGUAGUCCCUCAGACACAUGCAUACAAACACACAAUAACAUACGCACUAUACACACACGUACACAUAGAUUUUGUGUUGUAGAUAUGUGGUAGUAGAGUAGGGGCCUGAGGGAACACACUUAAUGUGUUGUGAAAUCUGUUGUGAAUGUAUUGUAAUGUUUUUUUAAAUUGUAUAACUGCGUUAAUUAUGCUGGAUCCCAGGAAGAGUAGCUGCUGCCUAGGCAGGAACUAAUGGUGAUCCAUAAUAAAUACAAAUACCUAACCUGACCUUCCCAUUAGCAGAAUGAAUUAGCAGAAAUUAACAAACAUCUGUGCACAUUUCAGAACGCAGCCAUUUGGAACAAUACAGACUUAUUCAAUGCGGAUUUCUUCUGUUGUGUAGGUCCUGAAUCUCAUUACAUUUUACAUUUUAGUCAUUUAGCAGACGCUCUUAUCCAGAGCGAUCUCAUCUACAAGGACUAUUGUUUUAGGAUUGUUAAUGAAAGUACAAACAUGGACUGCCCUGUAAUGGAUUUCUAUCAGAGAAUUCUUAUUAUGCUAAUUAUGUUUUAGUUAUUUCUCAGUAAACAUUUUACUGCUUAUAAAUAGUUUUGAUCAAAUAGUAACAAAAUAGUUUGAAAAAACGAUUGUCUGUAUAAUUAUUUGCACACAUAAUCGUACAAUUUUGCACACAGCGUGCAGUAUUCCUUCCAAAUGAGGGAGAGGUUUCUUUCUGUCAUCAGCCAGCGAUGUUCAGUGAGGAGACUAGUCUCCUGUCAGCUAGCCAGGCGAGGCAAGGUGCCCCCAGCCAUGCAGCUCCUCCAGAUGCACUGGGUCAUAACUGUCUUCUGCUACUGUGUAAUUGUGCCUCUGGGACAAAACGGGGCUGCAUUGUCAGCUUGAGAAAACUAUUUUCAUGCUGCUCCUGCAAAAACAUUUGUGAACUUCGACUGUGAAUUUUAUCACAGGCAAGGGCCAUUAAAAAGAAAGAAUACCUCCCAUUUAAACCGGCCGUUGCCUUCCCAGCUGGCAAUGCAAACGCUGUGUAACCAAGCAGCCGAUCAAUGUAAAUGUUUGCCCCUGCUGUGAAACCACUGCAACCUUUAAGACACCAUUGUACGUACAUGACUGUCUAUGCACCGUGCACCACAUCCGACUGUUCUAUAGCAAGACUCCACAUGACAUAUUGUAUGGUCAAAUGUCACCAUAGGUAACAAGGACAACAUUCAGAGUAAAUGUUACGAAAGUGUAAGGAAAGAACAGUACAUCGAUUCAUGGCUUUAGGUUUCAUUGGGCAUCUACACUUCAACCUCUGCCAUGAAGCCAAUCAUCCAGGAGGACUACAAAAAAAGUGUGUGAAUUUUCAUAUAUCUCUCUCCCAUAAUCUUUCUCUUUCAGAACCACACACACAGAACCACAGACACUGAUACAUACAGUUUGGAGAACAAGUAUUUGAUACACUGCCGAUUUUGCAGGUUUUCCUACUUACAAAGCAUGUAGAGGUCUGUAAUUUUUAUCAUAGGUACACUUCAACUGUGAGAGACGGAAUCUAAAACAAAAAUCCAGAAAAUCACAUUGUAUGAUUUUUAAGUAAUUCAUUUGCAUUUUAUUGCAUGACAUAAGUAUUUGAUACAUCAGAAAAGCAGAACUUAAUAUUUUGUACAGAAACCUUUGUUUGCAAUUACAUAGAUCAUACGUUUCCUGUAGAUCUUGACCAGGUUUGCACACACUGCAGCAGGGAUUUUGGCCCACUCCUCCAUACAGACCUUCUCCAGAUCCUUCAGGUUUCGGGGCUGUCGCUGGGCAAUACGGACUUUCAGCUCCCUCCAAAGAUUUUCUAUUGGGUUCAGGUCUGGAGACUGGCUAGGCCACUCCAGGACCUUGAGAUGCUUCUUACGGAGCCACUCCUUAGUUGCCCUGGCUGUGUGUUUCGGGUCGUUGUCAUGCUGGAAGAUCCAGCCACGACCCAUCUUCAAUGCUCUUACUGAGGGAAGGAGGUUGUUGGCCAAGAUCUCGCGAUACAUGGCCCCAUCCAUCCUCCCCUCAAUACGGUGCAGUCGUCCUGUCCCCUUUGCAGAAAAGCAUCCCCAAAGAAUGAUGUUUCCACCUCCAUGCUUCACGGUUGGGAUGGUGUUCUUGGGGUUGUACUCAUCCUUCUUCUUCCUCCAAACACGGCGAGUGGAGUUUAGACCAAAAAGCUAUAUUUUUGUCUCAUCAGACCACAUUACUUUCUCCCAUUCCUCCUCUGGAUCAUCCAGAUGGUCAUUGGCAAACUUCAGACGGGCAUGGACAUGCGCUGGCUUGAGCAGGGGGACCUUGCGUGCGCUGCAGGAUUUUAAUCCAUGACGGCGUAGUGUGUUACUAAUGGUUUUCUUUGAGACUGUGGUCCCAGCUCUCUUCAGGUCAUUGACCAGGUCCUGCCGUGUAGUUCUAUGCUGAUCCCUCACCUUCCUCAUGAUCAUUGAUGCCCCACGAGGUGAGAUCUUGCAUGGAGCCCCAGAUCGAGGGUGAUUGACCGUCAUCUUGAACUUCUUCAAUUUUCUAAUAAUUGCGCCAACAGUUGUUGCCUUCUCACCAAGCUGCUUGCCUAUUGUCCUGUAGCCCAUCCCAGCCUUGUGCAGGUCUACAAUUUUAUCCCUGAUGUCCUUACACAGCUCUCUGGUCUUGGCCAUUGUGGAGAGGUUGGAGUCUGUUUGAUUGAGUGUGUGGACAGGUGUCUUUUAUAAAGGUAACGAGUUCAAACAGGUGCAGUUAAUACAGGUAAUGAGUGGAGAACAGGAGGGCUUCUUAAAGAAAAACUAACAGGUCUGUGAGAGCCGGAAUUCUUACUGGUUGGUAGGUGAUCAAAUACUUAUGUCAUGCAAUAAAAUGCAAAUGAAUUACUUAAAAAUCAUACAAUGUGAUUUUCUGGAUUUUUGAUUUAGAUUCCGUCUCUCACAGUUGAAGUGUACCUAUGAUAAAAAUUACAGACCUCUACAUGCUUUGUAAGUAGGAAAACCUGCAAAAUCGGCAGUGUAUCAAAUACUUGUUCUCCCCACUGUAUACCUUCAAAGAAUCACUCACUCACUCACACAUCUGGAGGGUGUUAACAUGGUCUCAGAAAGAUCAAUUAGGACACGGAAAUGACUGCAGAAAAAUGACAAACACUCAAGACUGGCAAUCUGAUAGGAGUUUAGAGGUCAAAAGUUUGCUCCAGUCCCAAGGUGCUGGAAUAUGCAUAUCGCAACGUGACCCGCAGUCUAGCAGCUUGAGUUUUGUCUUGUGUUUUUGGAUUUCACCGUCUUGUUAGUUUAGGUGCCAAACCUUCAACUACACCCCGGUUUCUGUGUUAGACAUGAGUUACACGGUAAUCAGCCUAUUUGCUUACCAUGAUCGGUUGAUGUGAUGGAGAGAAAAUAUAAAAUGGCGUUCUAGGAGAGUGCCUUCGGAAAGUAUUCAGACCCCUUGACUUUUUUCACAUUUUGUUAGGUUACAGCCUUAUUCUAAAAUUGAUUAAAUUGUUUUUUUCCUCAUCAAUCUACACACAAUAACCCAUAAUGACAAAGCAAAAACUGAUUUGUAUACAUUUCUGCUAAUAAAUAUCACAUUUAUAUAAGUAUUCAGACCCUUUACUCAGUACUUUGUUGAAGCACCUUUGGCAACGAUUACAGCCUAGAGUCUUCUUGGGUAUGACGCUACAAGCUUGGCACACCUGUAUUUGGGGAGUUUAUCCCAUAUUCUCUGCAGAUCCUCUCAAGCUCUGUCAGGUUGGAUGGGGAGUGUUGCUGCACAGCUAUUUUCAGGUCUUUCCAGAGAUGUUCGAUCGGGUUCAAGUCCGGGCUCUGGCUGGGCCACUCAAGGACAUUCAGAGACUUGUCCUGAAGCCACUCCUGCGUUGUCUUGGCUGUGUGCUUAGGGUCGUUGUCCUGUUGGAAGGGGAACCUUCGCCCCAGUCCCUGCCGCUGAAAAACAUCAUCACAGCAUGAUGCUGCCACCACCAUGCUUCACCUUAGGGAUGGUGCCAGGUUUCGUCCAGACGGGACGCUUGGCAUUCAGGCCAAAGAGUUCAAUUUUGGUUUCAUCAGACCAGAGAAUCUUGUUUCUCAUGGUCUGAGAGUCUUUAGGUGCCUUUUGGCAAACUCCAAGCGGACUGUCAUGUGCCUUUUACUGAGGAGUGGCUUCCGUCUGGCCACUCUACCAUAAAGGCCUAACUGGUGGAGUGCUGCAGAGAUGGUUGUCCUUCUGGAAGGUUCUCCCAUCUCCACAGAGGAACUCUGGAGCUCUGUCAGAGUGACCAUCGGGUUCUUGGUCACCUCCCUGAUCAAGGACCUUCUCCCCCGAUUGCUCAGUUUGGCCGGGCAGCCAGCUCUAGGAAGAGCCUUGGUGGAUCCAAACUUCUUCCAAUUAAGAAUGAUGGAGGCCACUGUGUUCUUGGGGACCUUCAAUGCUGCAGAACAUUUUUGGUACUCUUCCCCAGAUCUGUGCCUCGACACAAUCCUGUCUCUGAGCUCUACGGACAAUUCCUUCGAACUCAUGGCUUGGUUUUUGCUCUGACAUGCACUGUCAACUGUGGAACCUUAUAUAGAAAGGUGUCUGCCUUUCAAAAUCAUGUCCAAUCAAUUUAAUUGACCACAGGUGGACUCCAAUCAAGUUGUAGAAACAUCUCAAGGAUGAUCAGUGGAAACAGGAUGCACCUGAGCUCAAUUUCUCAUAGUAAAGGGUCUGAAUACUUAUGUAAAUAAGGUAUUUCUGUUUUUUGUUUUUAAUAACUUUACAAAAAAAUCUAAAAACCUGUUUUCGCUUUGUCAUUAUGGGGUAUUGUGUGUAGAUUGAUUAGGAAAUUGUUUUAAUUAAUCCAUUUUUGGAGAAGGCUGUAACGUAACAAAAUGUGGAAAAAGUCAAGGGGUCUGAAUACUUUCCGAAGGCGCUGUAGUGCCCUGGAGCCUUCGAUGCUAUCUGAUAUUGUGUCAGGGAUAUUGGUCGGGUACAUGAAAAUAUUGGUUCAUGAGUCUGGACAUUUUUAUGGAUUACAUGGCAUGGGCAAUAUUUUCCAAAACCCCAACUGGAUUGGAUAUUUGAUAUAAGUUGGCUUAGUCGUGUAUUAUUGUUUUUAUUUCGGCUGAGCCAAGCAUAAAUUCAAAUUAUUCUAGAAAGAGUCUUACCUCAGCCCCAAUAGUCAAAUUUAAUCAUCUUUCUAGCACUAUCUCUAGAUGUUAUUCAAUGUAUAAGAUCAUUGUCCAUGUGCAAGGUCAAUCAGUUGAUGUUUAAACAGUCUUAACUGACUGUUUAUGAAGCUUUCUUCUCUAAUCUGUGUAAAGUAUCCAACCCUCUCUGUGUGGGAGAUUGAAGUGUCUGAUAACCCCCCACCUCUCCCCCCACCCCCCAGGUGCCUCUCCGUAUCCCGGCUUACACAUCGACGAGGACUUCUGCUGCCGACUGAAGGAAGGGACCAGGAUGAGAGCUCCAGAAUACUCCUCCUCUGAAAUGUAAGGAUCAAGCGAUCCAUUACAUAACAUACAAACCCCAAUCUCAUCAUCUAACUCAGGCCAAAAAAGGAAUGCACUUGCAGUUUGAAGAGUGGCCCAUGUCAGAAAGCUCUCUCACCUCUUGGCAGUGCAUAAUGCAUCAAGCUCCCUUGGCUCAUGAAACUUGUAAAGACCACGAAGCAUGCCUCUAGUCCUCUCAACGUAUCCCCCAUGAGGGUAAUUAGCCACCAGGAACUCUUACUCAGUGCAACACAUUAGAGGGCAGUAAAGGAAAGCCUCACAUAUCGAUGUACAGCAGUUGAAAAGAGGCCUUGUAUCUGCUCCUUCAUUUGUCUGAAUGAGCGACAGGGCUUGAUAGGCAUCAUGGGUAAUCCAGCUCUGAAUGUGGAGGGGAGACGGGAGCUGCUGAUUGGCAGUUAACCGAGGGGUGCGGCGGGCGGCGAGGUGCGGAUCUGUUUUCGGACUGACAUCGAUGCGGCCGUAAUUGAGCCCCACAUUAAAGGCUGGGGGAGUGGGGAGCGGCCAGGGGGCAGCCGGACACAGGGUAAUGAGAGCAAGGGGCGGGAGACUCCCCUCACUUGUCCACACAAGGGGGAUCUGAAGCAGGGCAGAUGUGGACAGUGCUGCUGAAACAGAAUAUCUUUGGGGGAGUCUAUGGGGGUUUCUCCUGGCCCUGUGGUGUCAGUGCUGUUAGUCUAGCAGUGAGGUGGACUGAACAGGAGGAGCUGGGGUUGUUGCCUUUAUGAGGUGACUGGGUGGCUUCUCAGCAGGGAGGACUAAGUGCUGGGGCUCUCUCUCACUCACUGUGCCAGGCUAUGGCACACGUCUGAGUUUACAGGGUUGGGGAGUAAUGGAUUACAUGUAACUGGUUAUUUAAAAACUGUAGCUGUAAUCUGUUACGUUACCAGCACAAAUAUUGUAAUCAGAUUACAGAUACUUUUGAAAAACUAGAUGAUUACUUCUAGAAUUACUUUUAAAUUCAGAAAGGAACCUAUGACGCCGUUCUGUUUUCUCAAUGACAUUCAAAUCAACAUUGAAAAAAGGCAAAAAUUGGCCUCCCGAGUGGCGCAGCGGUCUAAGGCACUGCAUCGCAGUGCUUGAGGCAUCACCACAGACCCGGGGUCGAUCCCAGGCUGUGUCACAACCGGCCGUGACCGGGGGUCCCGUAGGGCGGUGCACAAUUGGCCCAGCAUCGUCCGGGUGAGGGGAGGGUUUGGCCGGGGGGGGCACAUUGGUGCAGCUGGCUUCCGAGUUAAGUGGGUGGGUGGGUGUUAAGGAGCGCGGUUUGGCGGGUCAUGUUUGGGAGGACGCAUGACUCGACCUUCGCCUCUCCCGAGCCCGUUGGGGAGUUGCAGCGAUGAGACAAGAUCGUAAUAGAAAAAGGGGAUAUUCUUUUUUUUUUUUUACAAAAAAUAAUAGUUUGUUCCGCCUGAGCGAGUGUGACCACAAGUCAGAGACCACUAUGAUGACACACAAAAUGCGUUUGAUGCAUUGCGAGAAAAGAGCAGGAAUAGGCUAAUGUCUUCCAAUGGUGCGACUGCUGUCGGCAUCCAAAGAUUAUACAUCCACUUUAUACAACGCUUGGAGGUAAGGACGGCAGCAGUGGUGUACACUCUUAGGAAAAAAACGUGCUAACUAGAACCAAAAAGGGUUCUUCGGCUGUCCCCACAGGAGAACCCUUUGAAGAACCCCUUUUGGUUCUAGGUAGAACCCUUUUGGGUUCCAUGUAGAACCCUUUCCACAGAAUGUUCUACAUGAGACCCAAAAGAGUUCUACCUGGAACCAAAAAGGGUUCUCCUAUGGGAGAGCCGCAGAACCCUUUUGGAACCCUUUUUUCUAAGAGUGUAGCCGAUACAGAUAUCACUUAUUAAUGAUACAGUAUCUACAUAGCACAACGAUGUGGAUCACUCUGCUGCUCUCUCAUUUAGCUAUUAUUUGCGCCUUGCGAAUUGUGGUUGUUGUGGAUGGCUGUUCACAAAUGUAUAUGUGUAUUUUAACCCAAUAAUGGUUGAAUUGAAGAAGUUUAAGCUGCCUAUCAAUCAUUGUUUUUGCAACCAGUGCACUGACAGACAGUUAAAAAUGCGCUUUUGCAACAGCUGCAUAGUGCAAAUCCCAGCCUAUGGAAUAAAAGUUUGAGGGAGUUCCUCCCUUCUAAACUCCUCUGUGGUAUUGUGCUCCACACUGUCAACAACAAGUUUAAUUUAAGAAAACCACGAGUGGGGCUUUUAUUGCUCAAUCUAAUUCUUGAUGAUCAAUUUUUUAUAUCCAGAGGCCUAAUGGACAAAUGCUCAAACUCACACACUUUUGAUAGUCUUAAACAGCUGCAAAUUAUUGAGAUAUCAAAGUGUCACCAACAAAAACGGAAACAAUAGUAGGAUGCAAAUGCAGAAUAUGGUAUUCAUUUUUCACAUGCAAAUAGCAUUUUUCGGUACUGCUCAAAGCAUGCCACUCCAUGAGAGCAGCAUUUAUUUUUCAACUUGAAGCAAUGAGCCCAAUCAUUCCUCCAUGACAACAAAAUAAUAAACAACGGAGUAGUAUAAUUAAUCCUUAGUUUUUGGGUUAUGCUCCGGUAAAACAAUUAGGCUAAUCUAUAUUUCCAGGUAGUGGCAGUUAGCCUAGCGGUUAGAACGUUGGGCUAGUAACUGGUCGGACCGCUAGUUCGAAUCCCCAAGCCGACAAGGUGAAAAUAGGUCUAUGUGCCUUUGAGCAAGGCACUUAACCUUACUUGCUCCAGGGUUGCCGUUGAUAAUGGCAGACCCUGGUUGUGACCCCACUCUCUGAGGGUGUCUCAGGGAGAGUGGGAUAUGCAAAAAAUACAUUUCCAAUUCACACGUUCAUUAAUACACACUCGUACGUGUGUGAAAUAGGAGAAAUAUAAGCACCCACCAAAUUAUUUUAUUUAUUAUUUUAUUUCCAAUCGUAUUCUUGAAGAUCAAGGUGUGUUAAAUUAAUUGGAAUGACUGGAAAUCUGACAGACUUUGGUUUUUAAUGUAAAGAUAUAGCCUAAUUGUAUUAUUAUCUGUAGUAGAAAGCAAUGGGUUAGAAGAAGCCUACAGAACCAACCCAUAAAGUAAAAUGCAACAUCCAUUUAAGGCCAGCUAUGUGAACUCUUAACAUUGAUUUAUCCUGCAAUAGAUGUCGUUCAAUUAGUAAUAUUCAUUUUUGUCUUCUUCUAAAGCCUCUUAAGGGGAAAGUAAUCUAAAAGUAACUGAAAGUAAUCAGAUUACGUUACGGAGUUUUGGUCAUCCACAAAUUACGUUACUGAUGACAAUUUUGAAUAGGUAACUAGCAACUGUAACAGAUUUAGAAAGUAACCUACCCAACCCUGCGAGUUUACAACCUACUCCCAACGGACCCUUCGCUCACACAUCCUGCUCUCAAUCUAUCUCAUAUUCAGCUAUGUGUGUGGGUUUGUGUGUGCGUAGCGUUUGGUUUUCAUUUGUGACAGAGCAUGGUGGAGUCAAACUCCCUCUGUCUUAUUCAUUUGGAAGUGAUCAAUCCUGUACUUAUAUUUUAUAACUCUUUACCACCAAGAUGUCCAGAAUGUUUAAAACAUCUUGUGCCAACUGGAGCCAAUUGAAUGGAUGUAUCACGGAGACAUGGGAGAUGGUGAUUGGAGUUGACCUGCGAAAAUAUGAUCCAGACUGGAGUCUUAGAGCGCAGGGACUGGGAAUAUAACUAAAUAGCAGCUCUGUAGAUCCAGAGUCAGACCCACUGGUGCCAAGUUCCCCUCUCUAAGAUCCCUCUCUAAGAAACGUUCCAUUCUGGUUCAAAGCAAAGCGCUCCAUUGACCGAAUGAAGAUAUAGAGAGCAGAUAACACUCUGCUAAGCUCAUGCCAAGGAACCAUGAAGUACAACCUGUCUCUUGUCUGAGAUAAAAACAAAACCUGCUGAUAUCAGUUUAAAUGGGAAGCAGAGGAGCGGUACGCACUCUAGUCUACAGGGGUAAUACCCCCUGGCUCCCACACUUCUCCUCAGAGCCUCCCAUGCCUGAUGUUGAUCAUGUGUGUGGGAGCCUGGGAUCCAGCCCCUGACCUUGACCUUGACUCCAACCCCCGUUAUAUGGAUGAUGAAAGGGGCCGGUGGGCCGGUGGGCCGGUGGGCCGGGCGAUAUGGGGCGGUAAAUCUACCCUGCUGCUGCUGCACUGGCUCACCAGGAAUGUGACCCUCCGUUUAGAAGAUUGGAAGUUCCACUUCCUCCAUCAGCCUAACGGCACUCCAAUCUGGUGCAUCCUUAUCAGAAUGUGGAAGACGCUUCUCAAGAUGCAGGAAUAGAGAAAAACGGAUGUCCACCUCCCAACAUCCCACAGCUGUCUUGCCGGGAAGAGAGAAGUGGACUUAAGAAUUCGUACCACCACAAUGGCCCCCCACGGCAGCGUAUUCCCUAAAGAGACAGAAGAGGGGGAACCAUUUUUUUCCCAUUACGAAGCAGACAGGAAGCAGGCUUGAAAUUGUGAGGCCAUACAAUGCUGUCUACAUCCCCUCCUCUUGAUUUGUGGGCCAUGUGGGCCAUGGUGGUCUACUCUGGGCUUCCAUCCUGUCACUGUGAGGAUGUUAGGAGUCCCUCCACCUGGCCAAGGACACUGAUGAACAUGGGAAUCACAGCCCAGCCGCUUCCUCCAGCCAAUCUCCACCGCACCGAGGGGAGAGGAGACGUCUUGCCAAGCCAAGGUCUAGGUGUCCUGAAUACAAACACAGAUGGAGAGGGCAAAGGGUGGGGGAGGAGGGAGGACGGAGGGCGUAAUGGACCAUCUGCUUUUUACUGUAAUUUUCUCCAAACUCCAAAUUGACUCAAUCUGGUGCCAAUCAGGGGAACAUAAUAGAGCUAAUGGGCACCUGGCUGUGUUUACGUAAGGGCCUCUGUGUUUGGGGGCCGCGCUCCGUAGUAUGAAGCGAGCUAGGGAUCCAUCAUCACCCCGGCCGGGCUCGUUCACCAGGCUGACUAUGGGGUUUGAUUUAAACAGCAGCGGCGGCCGGUGCUCCGUCUCUGAAUUCCUCCACGGCCGAGUCCGGCCAUUAUUACAGGCCACUGCUGGAAACACAUAACGGCCCUGAGUCUUCCCACAUGGGCAGAGACAGCUCGUCAAAAAUCUGGGGGGGGGGGGGGGGGGUUCCUAAUGUUCACACCGAGACCUAGAGGGAACGAGAUACAGCCCCAGAGACCAGAUGAUCGUUGGAAAAUGAAAUAUUUGGUAUUUGAGUAUUGUACAUGACAGUUGAUUUGGGUGAAUGGCAGCUACAGGUCAUCUCUCGUGUCAGUCAGCCUCCACACACACAGGGCCUGUCUGGUGGAGGAGGAGAGCAUUGGGUCCCUCUGAAUGUCAAAACCAUCCUGGUUGUAAAAGAUUGAGUAUCGUUUGCCUUAUGGUUAAAUUUCUCAAUGCACAGCAGAGCGAAGCAUGCCUAGCAAUGCGUGGCCAUAUGCAUGGUGCUAAAUUCAUCACCAUCAGGCAGGGGUCAUUACCAACCCAUAUGGAUGUGAAUACUUGCGAUUAUCAUAUUAUUACCAAUUAUUACAAUUUAUUUGCAUAUAGCUCAACAGUAUAGCUAUACAGUGUGUCUGUGUUAUUAAUGUGCGUUUGCGAGCCAGCAUGAUGACAUGAUGUGUAUUUCUCCUCAGAUACCAGACCAUGUUGGACUGCUGGCAGGCCGAGCCAGGAGACAGGCCAACCUUCACUGAGCUGGUGGAGAGACUAGGAGACCUGCUACAGGCCAGCGUACAGCAGGUAAGAUCCCCAUGGCUUUGUUCUAUCAUUCCUUGCUCCCGUGAGGUUAUCACUAAUCUAAAAUUUGUGAAUAGGUGAAUGUGGUUGAACCCAUGAAGGGUUACAGUGUGUCACAUGAUGAAGACCAGGUUCAAGGUGACCUGGAGAUCAGAGGUCAGCAGAGUUGUGGAUAGGGCCUUGUCUCAGGCUUGUGAGAUGUACUGUUUUGCUUCUGACCAGUAAUUAUCUGUAGCUGAGGCAAGAGCCAAAACAGUGUGGAGGAGAACAUUUGUGGAUGACGUAUGCUCCUCAUGGAGUAAAAGGGUUUAAGUAAGUCAAGUUUAGGCAAAUGGCUCAAAACCACUUCUAUGUGAGGGAAGCUAAAACACAUUGAACGACUUGAGCCACAUCGUUAUUACGAAACUACUUUUAACAAUGGAAUUAGUCCCUGUUUCUGGAUGGUGACUUACACAUUGCAACUAUUCAGGAAGCGGCUCCUCUGAGUAAAGCACUACAGACUGGAGAUGAUGCGAAGGGGUCUGGCCCAGGGGGGUGCCCGGAACUUGGAGGGGAAGUCACACUCAACAGCCCCGCUUGGCUCCCUUUGAAAAAGUAGCUAGCGCGUAAGCUCUGUAUUGAACACAACGGCCAUUUAUGACAAUGGAAACAUCCCAAACCCAGCAGGGAAUGAGGAGGUUCACUUCUUAUCAUAAACACUGACAGAUCAUCCUCAAAGGUCUGGAUGAUUACAGAUGUGAUCAAUCAGCAGCGUCUGACACUCACUAAAUCCCCUUUCACAUUACAAUCACUCCUCAUCACCAGCCCCAACCACCAGCUGAAAGACGACCAGAUUGAACACAUCUAAAUGAUUUAGGCCAUGAAACCAUGACACAUAAACAUACUCCUGGACUAUACUUUCCUACAUUGUCAAUAAAGAGAGGGCUGCUUUUGUGGUAAUGGAAUGACAGGGAGAUAUUGAUAAAGAGGAAUGGAAUCAAGAGAGGGAGAAAGAAAGCAGCGAUUGUGACUGCUGAUGGAAAAUUGGCUGUUUCCCCAGCGAGGACAAAACAAUAGGUUCCCAUCAAGUCCUUAUAAUGCCCAAAACUCAAGAGUUUAAAAGACAGUCUAAAGCACAGUCACUGAGAGAAUGGAAGAGACUUCCUCAGAUAUCUACAGCCAUGCUCCCAGUUUCACCUCUCUCCCAGACCAGGACCCGAUUGUAUAAAACACCCUAAGUUAGCUUUAAUUUUAACUUAAAGUUUCCUUAACUUUAAGUCAGUUGCACAAAAUAUUUUAAGGUGAAUUUCCCCCUUAAAUUAAGUUAAAAAGUUAAGGGUGCUUCAUUCAGUAUGGAUAUCAAUGUAAACAGCAUUUGUGGAGGUGAAUGUUGCUUUCCUCUGCCCUGGUUUCAAAAGGAAAACAUCAACCAGCUAGUUAGGUAGCUAACAGUUAGCUACUUAGCUAAACAAUGGAAGGUGCACAAUCCAUGGCUACAAAACUAGCUGGGUAGAUUAGCUAGCUACUCUGUAAAUUAGCUUGACGUGCUAGAAAGUAAUAUAAACAAGUUGAGAAAAAAUUCCCUACAAGAAACAUAGUUUAUUAUCUUCUGAAUCAAUUUGGUUAUCCUGUCUUGAUUGUAGAAGUUCUAUUUUGCCAUCUCACAAAAUACAUGCGAUCUCAGGCCGUCUCCAUGGUAACCGGAUACUCUUUCUGCCUUACAUGCCUUGAAACUACCGUAAAACCCCUUAAGUAUGCCCUUACCUAAGGAAAUAUUUGAGGGGCUCUAUGCAACGUCAUUAAACAAUUCCCUUAGGUAAUACUUAAGAUGUUUUAUGUAACCGGGCCCAGGUCCAGAUAGUUCAUUAACUGCCGACAGACCCAGACACACACAGACAGCUCCUAGGACUAAAAUGAGACCAGACAGUGGUGGGGAUAGUAAAGAGAAAUGAGAUGAUAGCAGGCCAGACAUCACAUCACAUGAAACCACAGUAUAAAAACACUUUAUAACAUAACAGAUCACUCUCGCUGAAAACCAACCGCAAGAGAACCCAUUCUGACAGGACAGAAAAGAGCUGAACAGGGAGGAUUUCAACCCUUCCAUUAAUAUAGGUCUGUUACAUACAGAGAGACUCAUUCUUUUACAGGCCAGUCAGCGAUGUUGUCUCCACCAGCAUCAUCACCCCCUCAGACAUUCCACAUUGGAUUUAUUAGGCAUGACCUUGGUUUCUUUGGCAACAUUCCCUGCUAGUCCUGGAUGGAUGUUUGUGAAGCAAACGGACAGUAUCACGCUCAAAUCUCCCUAAGCUUCACACGCUUAUCACACACAUGUGCUUUCCGUCAUGCUAUGAUAGCAGUUAGCUAGGCCUCUGGUCUAUGAUAGCUGCUAGCUAGGCCUCUGGUCUAUGAUAGCUGCUAACUAGGCCUCUGGUCUGACAUGUUGUGUUCUCUCCUCUUUCUGUCCAUUCAGGAGGGCAAGCAUUACAUCCCUAUAGCAGCCCUGCUGUCCAAGGAGGGUGACCCCUCCAACACGGCCCUGUCAGAAGAGACCAACACCAGGCCACUCUCUUACCGCGACUCAGGGAGCACCUGGUAAGAAGGAGGAGUCUGUGAGCUGGCCAGUCGCUACACUACAUUACCCAGCUAUAUUACCCUCAACCUAACAGGGAGAUAUUACCCUGAUUACCCUCAACCUAACAGAGAGAUAUUACCUGCAACCUAACAGAGAGAUAUUACCCUCAACCUAACAGGGAGAAAUAUUACCCUCAACCUAACACAGAAAUGUUACCCUCAACCUAACACAGAGAUAUUACCCUCAACCUAACACAGAGAUAUUACCCUCAACCUAACAGAUAAAUAUUACCCUCAACCUAACACAGAGAUAUUACCCUCAACCUAACAGAGAAAUAUUACCCUCAACCUAACACUGAGAUAUUACCCUCAACCUAACACAGAGAUAGUAUUACCCUGAACCUAACACAGAGAUAUUACCCUCACCCUAACACAGAGAUAUUACCCUCAACCUAACACCGAGAUCACACUCACACCUGUGGCUCACAUCAAGGUUCUCACAUUUUAUUGUAUUGCAGUUUAGGGCUCUAUUCAAUCUGUAUUGCAGAAGUUCAGCAUUACAGCGUGAUUGAAAUGUAAUGGCAAUGUUCCCGCAUUAGCGGAAGCUGCAUUCAUGGUAAACCCUGCAUAGGUCAGCUCAAUGGGAAAUUAUCUUUACAUUUCUAUCACGCAAUCUGUAAUGCUUCAGCGAUAUACACAUUGAAGAGCGCUUAGUUAAAGAAUUCUGCCAUAAGUCUAUGUACAUUAUAUAACAUUUAAUAGAGACAUUUCAACAUUGAAAUGUAAUGUCUCCAUGGGCGUCUUGGCUUAAUGGUAACGUUAAAAUCUCUUUAAAUCUGUGUUAUUUUAAUUGAACUGAGUGUUAAGAUAACAACCAAUCAUUUCCCCACUCUUUAUUCAGUACAUUGUCCAAAGCACACUCCAUUUUCUUUACAUAUGCUUUGCUUGGUGGGUCGGGUACUUAUUCUUAAAGAAGUGCAUGUAGAUCUGCUUGAGGACAGUGAAAGACCUGAUAAAGGUUGUGAUGAGAACUAUAUACACUGGCAGUCUGAUGGUGAGGGAGCCCAAAGCAUUGUGUUCCCUUCAAAGAUUUUCCUCCCAAACCACAGACCCUGCUCCAGGAUUUAUGUCCACUUAAAAUAAUAUUUUUCAAGCCCUCAUAUUUUCACAGGUCCUACCAGUGGGUUUAUUGAGAAUGUAUUGAAAUGCUUUAAUGACAGUUAUCCCUUAAGCUGAACUGAAUUAAGCAGUCAUUUGAUUCUCUCUCUGUGUUGGAAAGCCCAAAAAAUAGGGUUGAUUUUUAAAGAUCAAUUCCACCGACAUUAUGUAAUUGUUGACUAAAUUGAUUAUGUUCAUGCUUAUUGUGUUUUUUAGACGCUUUUUGGCGCCUGUGUAAUCUUGGAAUUCCCUGACUGGGACAUUUUUCCUAUGUUGGGAUCUGACUUUGGAAAUCUUAUCCCUUCAGGAACAUUAAGAUCCGUCCAGCAAGUGUGAAGACCUUUGAUGAGGUUACCAUGGAGAACGGCUCUAACGACAACCAUGAGGUGAAUUAACCCACCACCCCUAUCCCUCUCUCACACACUGAACACCAAGUGACUCAAACCUCCCAGCAAACCGGGAACAUUCCCAGAACAUUAGCUAAGAUUCCCAUUAAGUUCUACUUAGGGUUUUAUCUCAAAUUAGCAUGAUAACAACCCCAAAACAUUCAAAGAAUGUUUUUCAUUAAUAAAAUGUACUUUUUUGUUAUGUUUUAAAUUAAUAUCCUUCACUAAAAUGUUGUGCACAACAUCUGUAACAAUUACCACAGAACAUUCCCCAAAAGUUCUCAUUAGGUUUCCAGGUAAUGUAAUAACACAAUGUACCAGUAAUGCUUUCCCAGCAAACCAAAAUUGGUUCUGUGAAAGUUCCCAGAACAUUCGUUAGGUUGCGGUAAAUGUUCUCGUAACACAAAAACUGUCAAGUUGUGUUGAUUAUUAUACAAUGUUUGUAUAAAACAUUUGCCUGAUGUUGCAAGAACGUUCCCAGAACACAUUUUAUCUGUUCUUUCAAGGUUUCCAGAAUGUUUAAUUAGGUUGUGGGAACAGUGUGGGUACAUUACAACAGAUAUGUUUCCAAAUCAUAAAAUAUGCUCUGUUGUGAUAAUAAUAAUAAUAAUAAUAAUAAUAAUAUGCCAUUUAGCAGACGCUUUUAUCCAAAGCGACUUACAGUCAUGUGUGCAUAAAUUUUUACGUAUGACAUUCAUACAAUGUUUAAGUUAGGUUGCACAGGACAUUCCCUUAAUGUUGUAAGAAUUAAGGUUCCCAAAUUAUGGGAGUUGUCUGGGAUGUUGCAAGAAUAUACUUGUGAUAUUCACGAAGGUUGCAUAGAACAUUCCCACAAUGUUGCACAAUGUUCCAGAGACUAUGGUGGUCUGCUUGAAACAUGUUGGUAUUACAGACAGUUGGUAUUAUUAGGGACAUGUUGAAAAUGUCAGUGAAGACACUUGCCAGUUGGUCAGCGCAUGCUUGGAGUACACGUCCUGGUAAUCCGUCUGGCCCUGCGGUCUUGUGAAUGUUGACCUGCUUAAAAGUCUUACUCACAUCGGCUACGGAGAGCGUGAUCACAUAGUCAUCCGGAACAGCUGAUGCUCUCAUGCAUGCUUCAGUGUUGCUUGCCUCGAAGCGAGCAUAGAAGUGAUUUAACUCGUCUUGUAGGCUUGUGUCACUGUGCAGCUUGCGGCUGUGCUUCCCUUUGUAGUCUGUAAUAGUUUUCAAGCCCUUCCACAUCCGACGAGCGUCAGAGGCGGUGGAGUACGAUUCAAUCUUAGUCCUGUUUUGACUCUUUGCCUGUUUGAUGGUUCGUCGGAGGGCAUAGCGGGAUUUCUUAUAAGCGUCCAGAUUAGAGUCCCGCUCCUUGAAAGCAGCACUACCGUUUAGCUCAGUGCGGAUGUUGCCUGUAAUCCAUGGCUUCUGGUUGGGGUAUGUACGUACGGUCACUGUGGGGAUGACGUCAUCGAUGCACUUAUUGAUGAAGCCAGUGACUGAUGUGGUGUACUCCUCAAUGCUAUCGGAAGAAUCCCGGAACAUAUUCCAGUCUGUGCUAGCAAAACAGUCCUGUAGCUUAGCAUCUGCGUCAUCUGACCACUUCCUUAUUAACCGAGUCACUGGUGCUUCCUGCUUUCGUUUUUGCUUAUAAGCAGGAAACAGGAGGAUAGAGUUGUGGUCAGAUAUGCCAAAUGGAGGGUGAGGGAGAGCUUUGUAUGCGUUUCUGUGUGUGGAGUAAAGGUGGUCUAGAGUUUGUUUUCCUCUGGUUGCACAUGUGACAUGCUGGUAGAAAUUAGGUAGAACGGAUUUAAGUUUCCCUGCAUUAAAGUCCCCGGCCACUAGGAGCGCUGCCUCUGGAUGAGCGUUUUCCUGUUUACUUAUGGCCUUAUACAGCUCAUUGAGUGCAAUCUUAGUGCCAGCAUCGGUUUGUGGUGGUAAAUAGACAGCUACGAAAAAUAUAGAUGAAAACUCUCUUGGUAAAUAGUGUGGUCUACAGCUUAUCAUGAGAUACUCUACCUCAGGCGAGCAAAACCUCAAGACCUCCUUAGUAUUAGAUUUUAUGCACCAGCUGUUGUUUACAAAUAUACACAGAACGCCACCCCUUGUCUUACCGGAGUCAGCCCUUCUAUCCUGCCUAUGUAGAGUAUAUCCGGCCAGCUGAAUGUUAUCCAUGUCGUCGUUCAGCCACGACUCGGUGAAACAUAAGAUAUUACAGUUUUUAAUGUCCUGUUGGUAGGAUAACCUUAAUCUUAGGUCGUCCAAUUUAUUUUCAAAUGAUUGAACAUCGGCUAAUAUGAUUGAUGGAAGAGGCAGUUUGCUCGCCGUCGGAUCCUUACAAGGCACCCCGACCUACGUCCACGAUAUCUCUGUCUCUUUCUCAUGCGAAUGACGGGGAUUUGGGCCUUGUAAUAAACUCAUAGGUACGGUACCAGUUAAAAGUUUGGACACACCUACUCAUUCAAGGGUUUUUCUUUAUUUUUACUAUUUUCUACAUUGUAGAAUAAUAGUGAAGACAUCAAAACUAUGAAAUAACACAUAUGGAAUCAUGUAGUAACCAAGAAAGUGUUAAACAAAUCAAAAUAUAUUUUAUAUUUGAGAUUCUUCAAAUAGCCACCCUUUGCAAAUAGACAGCUUUGCACACUCUUGGCAUUCUCUCAACCAGCUUCACCUGGAAUGCUUUUCCAACAGCCUUGAAGGAGUUACCACAUAUGCUGAGCACUUGUUGGCUGCUAUUCCUUCACUCUGCGGUCUGACUCAUCCCAAACCAUCUCAAUUUGGUUGAGGUCGGGGGAGGCCAGGUCAUCUGACGCAGCACUCCAUCACUCUCCUUCUUGGUAAAAUAGCCCUUACACAGCCUGGAGGUGUGUUGGGUCAUUGUCCUGUUGAAAAACAAAGGAUAGUCCCACUAAGCCCAAACCAGAUGGGAUGGCGUAUCGCUGCAGAAUGCUGUGGUAGCCAUGCUGGUUAAAUUUGGACUCCAGACCAAAGGACAACUUUGCACCGGUCUAAUGUCCAUUGCUCGUGUUUCUUGGCCAAAGCAAGUCUCUUAUUAUUAUUGGUGUCCUUUAGUAGUGGUUUCUUUGCAGCAAUUUUUAACAUGAAGGCCUGAUUCACACAGUCUCCUCUGAACAGUUGAUGUUGAGAUGUGUCUGUUACUUGAACUCUGUGAAGCAUUUAUUUGGGCUGCAAUUUCUGAGGCUGAUAACUCAAAUUAACUUAUCCUCUGUAGCAGAGGUAACUCUGGGUCUUCCAUUCCUGUGACGGUCCUCAUGAGAGCCAGUUUCAUCAUAGCGCUUGAUGGUUUUUGCGACUGCACUUGAAGAAACUUUCAAAGUUCUUGACAUUUUCCGUAUUGACUGACCUUCAUGUCUUAAAGUAAUGACGGACUGUCGUUUCUCUUUGCUUAUUUGAGCUGUUCUUGCCAUAAAAUGGACUUGGUAUUUUACCAAAUAAGACUAUCUUCUGUAUACCUUUUACCUUGUCACAACACAACUGAUUGGAUCAAACGCAUUAAGAAGGAAAGAAAUUCCACAAAUUAACUUUUAACAAGGCACACCUGUUAAUUGAAAUGCAUUCCAGGUGACUACCUCAUGAAGCUGGUUGAGAGAAUGACACGAGUGUGCAAAGCUGUCAUCAAGGCAAAGGGUGGUUAUUUGAAGAUUCUCAAAUAUAAAAUAUAUUUUGAUUUGUUUAACACUUUUUUGGUUACUACAUGAUUCCAUAUGUGUUAUUUCAUAGUUUUGAUGUCUUCACUAUUAUUCUACAAUGUAGAAAAUAGUAAAAUAAUAAAGAAAAACCCUUCAAUGAGUAGGUGUUCUAAAACUUUUGACCGGUAGUGUAUAUUUUGUGAUGUUCCCACCAGACUGUUCCCACAACCUAAUGAAACAUUAUGGGAACCUUUAAAGAACAAAUGUUUUUCUACGAACGUUCUUGCAACAUCAGGCGAUGUUUUAUACAAACAUUCUAUAAUCAUCAGCAUGACUGGACAGUUUUUGCCUUAUGAGAACAUUUGCUGCGACCUAAUGAAUGUUUUGGGAAUUUUCAAAGAACCAAUUUUGGUUUGCUGGGCUAACAUGAUGAUUUCUCUAAACCACACCUACAGAGCUGCCCCGUUAAUAGGGUGUAAAACAUCUGGCCUAUAAGAAUAGACAUAUGUGAGACCAUUUUGGUGGACGCUGACACUUACUCUUUCUCUCUCUCAUCCUUGUUUCUCUCUCUAUCUCUCUCUCACUCUCUCUCAAUCCCUCUCUUUCCCAUUUCCCUCCCUCACUCUGCACGUGCAGAGGGGCCAGUCGGACAGUGGAAUGGGCCUGUCGUCUGAUGAUAUGAACACGCUGAAGCGCCUGGAGUCCUUGGCCCGACCUCUCAGCAUCAUGGCCCUGGCGUGAGUACACCUAAUCCACAUAAUCCCUGUCACUGACAGCAUCCAGAGACACAGGCUGAGGCAGAAGAGGCAGGGGGGCCACAUGCAGAGGCACUGGAGGCAGGGAGGGGUAGAGAGGCAGGAUAGAGAGUUAGGGGAGGCAGAAAGAGCCAGGGGGAAAAGGAGAGGAAGGCCGCUGGCCCUGCCCUGGAAACCCACCUGCUGGCCUGGAAUGUAGACGUUGGGAUUGUCACACACACUCAUACACACACACACAUGGCCCCUCUCACCCCCUUAACCUCAAUGACUGGUUUUCCCUUUUGUCAAAAGAGACCAUGCUAUAGCCCCAGUGAGACAAAGGACUCGGGGGGGGAGGGAGAUUGCCCCAAGGUGACAACCCAAACGACAGGGAACAAAAGCCCAGUGGAAGUGUGACUCGGGGCCUGGGUGGUUUAAGAGCACGCACUAAAACUUGCUUUGGCGUUCGCCAAAAGGCUGCUUGGCCUGAUUGAGACGUCCUCUGACAGCUUACUUAUCAAGGUUCAAUGUAGAGGCAGUGUUUCAUACAUCAAUCAACUGCCAUAGUUUGAGAUGACAUAAGAGGUUUGUGAUACAGACUCCAGAGUCAAUCUAACAGAUGUUAUCAGAACAACACUGUCAUUGCUGAGGAACAGUUGUGGACACAGAUGUCUUAUCGCCCUGGAUGUUAUCUGGUCUAGUAUAACCAGACUGUGGUGUCUGAGGAAAUGUCUAACAUUGCCCUGCGUAUUUGAGAACGAAGGCUCCAAUAUGCAGUGACCUGAGAGCUGAUGUUCAGAUAGAGAAAACAUUCAAUUAUAUAUGUACAGUCCACCCACUGUCCCAGAUAAGCCUGUACAUUGUGUGGAUGAUUUAGGUCUGAGAGAUUGUUUAUGAUUUUGAACGUCGGCCAAUAGCAGGGUUAAUCUAGCAGGUCACACCCCUGGGCUCUCUCCUUACACUCUGGACCUCAACAUGCUCAGAAAACUAGCAACGUUCAAGCUGAGUAAACAAGGGGAUGCAUUCGGGUUAUAGAGAGUUUACUCUCAUGAUACAGCUAGCAACCACCUACUUUUAGAGUUACUACCACUCCUUGUCAUAACCUGUCGUACCUGUAGAAUAGAUAGAAACCAGGGCUGAGGACAGGGUUUAGAAGGUUAGGCUUCAAAACCUCUCCCAGCUAUAAAUGACACAUUAUCCAUUGUGUACUUCAAAGAGCAGAAUUGGAUGAAAAAUAGAUAUAUAGAUGGAUUCUGUCUUUUAAAUGCCCAGCUCACAAACAACUCUUCACUGGACAAAAAAGAUUAGGACUAAUACAUAUUCAAAUAAGCAAGAACAGCUAACAAAGGAAUGUUUUUAAAAAUGCAAUAAUCAUAAACUGACAGAAAGGGAACAUGAAAUAAAAAAGGCGAGGGGAGUUUGAUAUCAUUUUUAUGGGGCCGGCCAGUGUCUCUCACCAUGAUUAAUGACACUAUUCCAAACCCCCAAUGAACAGACCGCAAGGUGUUGGUUUGAUUAAAAACAUUCUGGAUCCUCUCCCUCAGCAACCAUUGUACCCUCCCUGCCCCAAUCCACCCCCACACCCCCAUCAACCCAUGUACAGUGCUUCCCUCAUCUCUGUGCCCCUAUGUGAGGUACAACGCUAGGCAGAGAGAGACUAGACCACUACAUUUACAUUUUUACAUUUUAGUCAUUUAGCAGACGCUCUUAUCCAGAGCGACUUACAGUUAGUGAGUGCAUACAUUAUUUUUAUUUAUUUUUGUUCUACCAUGGGAGAAUCAGUCACCAGAGGUAUGCAGAGAAUGAUCUAUUUAUUGAGGGGAGAGAACCCUCACUGGGUCGCCGCUCGAUCACUCUCACCUUUGACCUUCUGGAGGUUUACAAGGGAGGGCUGUAGUAGUCCUCUAGCUCUCUCUCUCGUUCUCUCUAUAGCUCUCACUAUAGCUCUCUCUCUCGCUCUUUCUAUCUCUCUCUGGCUCUCUCUCUAUAGCUCUCUAUAGCUUUCUCUCUCGCUCUCUCUGAAGCUCUCUCGCUCUCUCUCUAUAGCUCUCUCUCUCUAUAGCUCUCUCUCUCUAUAGCUCUCACUAUAGCUCUCUCUCUCUCUAUCUCUCUCUCUCUCUCUCUAUAGCUCUCUCUCUCGCUAUAGCUCUAUCUCUCUCUCUAGCUCUCUCUCUCUUUGUAGAUGUGUGGAAAUGCUUGGGAUAUUAUUGUUGUCAGUACUCGACUCACCAAUCUAAAAUGUACUGAUCCAUUAUAGAAUAUAAUCAUUGUAAUACACCACCCUGUCAUUUCCCCAGUCUCAUAGUCAAUGCAGCCAGUCAGUCAUGCGAUUUACCCCACUGAGAGCCGACUUUGGCCCCUGUGAGAGAAGUUCAGGAAACUCCUAGCAACCAGAAGACAAUAGUAGUCAAUUACUCAUAUUUGGAGCGGGAGAAGAAGAAGUCAACAUCUGUGAGAGAGGCCAGAGAACAUGAUUGAUGAUAUCCUUUAUGAACAAUUAUCAUGGACAUUUAUUGUUGUUAUGUUUUUGUAUUUUAUUACGGAUCCCCAUUAGUUCCUGCCAAGGCAGCAGCUAAGGCAAUUAUAUUUUACUUAGUCUGUUAUUAACAAUGUAUUCUCUCUCAUUCAAUCUCAAUCUCAUCUCGCUUUAUGGCAUGACGUCCACACUGUACAUAUCUCCAAGCUUACUCUUCUCCUCUCUCUCUCUCUCUCCUCUCUCUCUCUCUCUCUCCUCUCUCUCUAUCUCUCCUCUCUUCUGAUGAAGGCGGUGACGCUAGCGUAUCCAUCGUCGGGCUGACUGAAGGAGAGAGGACAGUUCCUGCCGGCCCCUUCGGGGCUCUCUCUCACCCUGGACAGACUCGUCAUCUCGGAGCUCGGUCUGCGUCAGUGCCACACUCUCUACGCUCUCUCUCUCCUCUUCUACCAACUAGGUAAGCGGUGAGUAGGAGUAGGAGUCGGUGCUGACUGAAGGAGAGAAGGACAGUACCCUCACCUGUCCCCUCUCUGGACUUCACCCUGGACGACUCGUCCCUGGAGCCCGGUCUGGAGUGCCACAGCCCGCCCCCUGACUACAACUAUGUGGUGCGCUACUCCACCCCACCUGUGUAGCCCCACCCCAUCGCCGUGGGAGACGCGCCAAAGCCUGCUACCCAAUCUCCUACCCUCCGCCCCAGGGAGAAUCUAUCUGACUGAAUGCCUCGAGGCCUCUCCUUUGUUCACCUCUGUUCUGACUCUGUCUCUGGACUUCACAGCGCACCGUAAAACGCCUGCUGCCUCCCUCCUUUUACCUUCUUCCAUUUCUCCUCCUCCCCGAGGCUUAAGAGAGAGACAAGUUUGAGACGCUUUGUUACAACGUGGGAGAUUGUGAGACACCUUACUGAACGUCUGCACUUAGCCUGCCUGCUUCCCAUCAGCCCACUCUGCAGGAAGGAGGAAGAAGAGGCUGCCCUCUUCUGUAAUGGUCUCAGCUUGACCCAGAGGUCAGCCUAUGUACUGCUGGUCUUCUCCAUAGCCCACUCAGAUAUCCACACAUACAGCUAGCUAUAGAUAGAUACCUAUAGACUUAUGUAGACUUAUAUACAGCCUCAGGUAUUCCUAUAAUCUACUGUGAACAACACCAAGAAGCACAACCGAUUCCAGACUUGUAACGAAUGACAGUACUAUGAAAUGUAUUAUUGGCAGUUUAUACUGUAGGAUAAAUGAAGAAUGUGUUACCAUGGGGAUACAAAAUGUAGAGGAGAAAGCAGAUGAGAGAAUUGGGGUGUUUUUAUUGAUAGUAUUUUAUUUCUGUACAAAUAUUUUAUAGAAUUGAAAACUGGAAAGUAAUGUGCUAUUUUAUUUUAUUAUGUAAUGAUUAUUGAUAUAAGGUUGACGAAAUAUUUGUGUCACAAAGUUGAUAUUUUCAAGCAUAUUCCUCAGCUUGACUUUAGCUAAAGCACCCUUUUUUUUUUUGCGCGUGUCAGACAGAUUAUAGGAACGGUUCGUGAAUAAUUGAAUGUGCCCGUCUGAAAAGAUUUCUCACUUGAGGACUCCAAUCCCCAGUAUUCCCAGUGAACAUGUUUUUGUAUUUGGAAUAUUUUUUCCCUUCAACUCAGAUGGAGAGACAAAUGGGUUGAGACUGUUGUCUACAGUAGAUGGAUAUGGGUCAUUGUCCCUUAGGGUCAGUCUGAGUAGUACUAGUUUAAACAGCCCAUAGAAUCCCAGCUCCCAACGUCUCUGAAUGGGGUUAAGGCAUGGAGGGUACAGGGCAGGGCAGAACACAGCGUAAGACCACACUGCUUUGGAUGUAACACGACAUCUCUACCGUGAAGCCAUUUUAAAUGAAAAGUUAUGUUUGGAUUCCUUCCCCUAUCCCGAUAUGGGACUAACUCUGUGUAUUAUUGUUAUGGCCGAGUGGAAAAAGGGAAAUUGGAUGAUAUGAGAGAGACUGGUUUAUUUGUAUGUGUACAAAGUUAGUUAAAAACAUGAGCUUGGAUUACAAUUUCAUCUGAAGAGUGUCUAGGAAAGCUCUAGUGAAAUAAACAAUGCAUAUUUAUUUAGGUUUAUAU